AUGAAACGUGUCUGUCUUCCUCAAAUAUCCACAGAAAGCGAGAAGCGAGUAUGUUUUCAGGAUAAAUUGGUUGCAAAUUAAGAAGCCCAUUGUAACUGGUAGACGGUAGAAGACUGUUUUCACUUGGAUUAGCGGUGGUAGCUCAAACAGAAAACUAAGGGUUCCCAUCUGAUGAAUUGGGUACCUAUAUAAAAUUUUAACAAGUCUGUCACGCGGACGAGAUGACUGUUCAAAGGCCAAGUAAUAGAUUAGAACCAACUUGUACGACUGUUCCAGUAGUGUGAUCUACGGCCUCUGUACGAAGACCUACUGCUUGUUCCGCGAACUCGCCUAAAGGGGAAAGGAAGCAUAACAUCUCAAAAGAAGGUCGCCCAGUAAGAUGGCCAUCUUUACAUUCAAUACCAAACUAACGACUUGUAUUUCGCCUGCUCUUCUGCACAGUCCAGUAUUCUGUAACCCGUGUCAUAAUUUGUCUUCCGAGCAGUUUGCGAAUGCGCCUCCUUAAUGCUGAAACUUUUAAUCCAGUCGGUCUCUUAAAAACUGCAUGAUGAAAAGAGUAGCGUUCACAUUUUCCAUUGAUAACAAACGCCCUCUCUGUCACUAUCCUGCAAGACCUUGAUCGCCAGGUGUUCCGACCGAGACUCUAAAACGGUUUGUGUUAGUGUGUGUACAAUCGUGUGUGCAAGCAUGUGUUUUUCUGCUUUCCUAGACUAUUUCUCAUGCAGCCCGAAAGGGAGAGAGAGAGACAAAAACAGUCUGGGCCACCCAGAAAAACAAAUGCUUUCUGUCUGCGUUGUCCUUCCUAACUGGGAAUUAUGUUCGUUGCAUCUUUUGAUCCGCGGUAAGUAACAAGGUCUGGAGCGAAACAGGGGGGUGCAGGGUGUAUUGAUCAGGCCAUGGGUUCCGGGUGUAGGUAAGGGCGUUUGCGGUCAGAUCGGCGUUUUCGUCAUCAGGCCUGAUUGGGGCGCGAAAACGACUUCUGGCCUCCGAUGAAAAACCUCAUUCAGCUGUCUGUUGCCGGGAUAAGAUCCAUGCAGACGCCUUUAUCCUGACCCGGUUCCUGUACAGGGGUAAGAGGUGAAAAGUAGACGUUGACUUAAUUUGUUUCGGGAAAAAAGGAGGUUGCCUCCGACUGCGCAAACCAUCAGCUAGUUGUUCUCGCCUUGGUAUCCUCUCCUCCGCAACUAGUUCAAUGCCUGCACCAGAAGGAGAGAUAGCAGUCUCGCGAAAACCUGCAUAAACACUUCGAAAAGAAGGCUGGUACUGCGUCAAAUUUACGCAUCCAUAAAAAAUAAAAAGUACGUGGCAGCGGGAGGAUGAAGGACCCCACUUAAUUAUCCGUCAUUUUUUGAAAAUUUGUUUUUUGUUCAAUUUUUAAUUGACGCGCUUAUUUCCGUUGACACAUGAAAGUGUACGUCAGGAAUACAAAUACUUUCUCUGUUUUCCUGUAUUUCGUCAGUUUACUGUCUGACGCCCUGCUUCACCUGUAAAACCCCCACAAUCACCAUUCCCUUAUGAGACGAUCUACAGUCUACCAACAGUUAAGUGGAGUCCUCCGCCCAGCCGGUACCAAGUACAGUCACUAAAGCAAACAUUUAGCAUCGAAGAAGGAACCACACGGACGGCAUUUUUGACAGGAGGUUUGUCAUCUAGCAAAGUCUGCACGCUGUUUUGGCCCGGUCACCUCAGGACAGUGACGAUUGCCUAAUAAAAUAUACGUAGACUCACUCCCUCAAGAAGUCCCCUCGCUGAGGGGCCAAAAUUAUUUCUUCUGCCAUGUUUUGAGAAGAGGCAAAGAAAACAAAAACGUAGAAACAUUCUUCCUUUGUUCUUGUUGUAUUAACGGAAGCUGAGCAUUGGUAGACAACCAGCAGUCGAUAACACCACUUGACGACCGUUUAUUCAGGUGUUCGAUAAAUGUUUCAGCAAUUCUAAAAACGGAACAUUAAUGAUCUCAAAUGAUGUAGUUUAAAUGAUGAAGUACAGAGCUCGAUAGAGAACUGGAUCCUGUCUAGGCCUUAGCCAUCUGUAAUGGUAGUCUGGGUGGCUGACCAGCCAAGGACCGUCAAUUCAACGAGAUGACUCCCAAAGUUGAAGGCUGUUCGUGCACAGAUUCUGUAGUUUUGUGAGAGCCAGUAGGAUGGCAAUAAUCACAAAUAACGGAAUGAACUGAUAAUAAACUUUACCUUUUCCGGCCACGAAACACACUUUAUUCUUGACUGGCAUGUCCUCAACAGUGUUUCAAUUUUCUUCACAAUUCGCUCCUCAUGACUGCAGCUUAACACUUGAGACGCGUUGGGUUGGUGUGCUUGUGUGCAGCUUCGGUUCCAUAAAUCGAAAACAAGGUGACGGUAAAGACUUUCUUUGGAGACAAGCACUAGCAGUAUCUGGAACAUAAGUUCAUCUGUUUUAUAAUUUUACCACUAAUAAGAACAAUAACACCAUUUAGUGGAGAUUUUCAACCUCCGCCGGAAUCACAUCGAUUAUUUAAUUUUUCUGUGCCUUAAAAUCCUUGCGGCCGAAGGCUUUGUGCAGCCUCAUAAGCAGGACGACAAGUUGCUUUAGGAUGACCUUCAGGCAGUUAUUUUGCGGCCACGGUGUCGGUCGACUUUUGUUAAGAGUGCUUCAUCUUCCAUCCAACGCUUGCAUGCUAAGAUCGGGAGGACGGAUCCGUUUAAAGAAUUGGUAGGAGUUGCCCAGAACCUCAAAUAGUUCAUUUGCUUAACUGAUGCCAGUUCCACCUGGGGCUCUGGCAUUAUACCAUUCAUCUUUAUUGAUCUUUCGGCAAUAUUUCACUUCGUAGUCGUACCUAUAAGGGGUUAGGAUUUGGAGUUAGGGUUAGGGGUUGGUGGUUAGGGUUAGGGAUUGAGGUUAGGGGUUAGAGUUUGAGGAUGGGGGUUAGAUAUUAAUGUUAGGGAUUGGCGUUAGGGUUAGAGGUGAGGGUUUUUGGUUAGGUGUUAGAUUUGAGGGUUAGAGGUUGGGGUUAGGCUGGGAUUUGUCGACGGGUGUCAGCUGCUGGAAAGGUCUCUGAUAUAGCUUGAGUUAGGCGUCUUCUUAAAAGUUCACUUGGUGCAUCCCUUUGAAAUGGGACCCUGAUAAAGAGCCUUUUCUUUCCUGCCGUCAGUAUCGGGGGCUUUUGUGGUCUUUUGGCCAUGUUCUUAGUAAUGAAUCGAUCAGGAUACCUGUUCUGACGAAAAAGGCUUUCGAUAAUCUUAAGCUCUUUCUCAACGCUAUCAGCUGAGCAGAUUCUUCUCACUCUUUCUGUCAAACAGCGGCUUAAAUUACGUUUAACGUUUAGUGGUACAAAACUCCCAAAAUGGGUGUAUUGCCCGGACCACGUUUUCUUACGAUAGACGCUACGUAGAAUGCUGUCGUCAGGUCUUCUACUCAGAAGCACAUCCAGAGUGAAUUUUAUUGAUGGGUGCGCCCUCCAUUCCCCUCUCCAAACCCGAGUUACAGCUUAAUUAUCUACUUAUCCGUAUCUUUUAAUUUAUUACUUGAAUAGCCAUAUAAAUGGACAGGCCUGAAGAGAAUUUAUCGAAAGCAGACGUAUGCUCGCCAAAUUGCCUUUUAAAUUUUACACUGGGAAUUUUCGCAACACUAAGAACAUCUGUUGGAAGGAAACCCAACAAAGACAAGAGAGGCUGGGAUGGCCGAUCGCAAGCGACAGGACAACGAGCCCGUUACCUGAUGGCUACAGCGUUGGACAUAAAGACGCUCAAUAACCAAUAAAACCCCGGUUUGAACCUCAUAUGUCCCCAAAACCAUGCGGUUUGAUAAGAUUGGCCGACUACGGCUAAUAAAUCAGAUAUGAAUAUUCCAAAUUCCCAUGAAUUUGUCGGAUCUGCUUUUAGCACACAUACACACACAAAGACUAAAUGAAUUGGUUGAUUUCUGCUUCGUCAGAUGUAAUCGAGCUUCUUCACCCAUUUGUUCAUCGCGCCGGGUUUCGUCUCCAUACAUUUCAAGGGAAACCCCACGGAGGCUGAGCGUGGGGCUGCCGAGAGCGGGCGUCGGCACCUCACCGCUGCCGCAGGAUGGCGAUAGCACGACUGCGCCCGAGGCGGUUAGAGUGAAAAGUACGAAGAACCUGGGGUGCACGCCUGCGUCCUCCAGACGGAUGUGAGGGUCUUUCGUCACCAGCCGCCGAGCAUCCACUUGCACGACCGCGAUUACUGCCCUGGCAGCGUAGAGUCUCGACCACCCCUGUGGCGGCGGUCUCUGUCACGCCCAAAUUUUGGACCGCCGGUGUGCAGCCGCCGUCGCCAAUUCCGACGCCGAGGGCUGUGAUCCCGCAGAUAGCGAGGGAGUGUGGGCACCGAUUGCGGUCUCUGAUAGGUGAGCUGUCCGACCAUCAAUUAUUCGCAGAUGUCACCAGAGGGAGCUGAUACCGGAAGAGGGAGAGAUGGUGAUCGUAGGUGAAUGCGUGAGGGGGAAUCUAGGCCAUUUGACGGCAUGCACUAGCAGGUAACCUGAAACUUGCACACCGACUGCUUCACAUGAACGCACAUGGUUGAGGCAGACAAAUCAGCGACUGGAAACGAUGCAUGUGAGAGCCUAGCAAAAAUUUAAAUUAGUGGAUAGCUGACAUUUAAUCAUAGCUGAAGUGUGAGUGGGCGAAUAACGAGAGCCAACAGGCGUUCGCGAACUAUUAAUAGAUCCCAAAUCAGGUGGAGGAUAACCUCGGAAGAAGAGAGACCGCGACUCAUCACUGGACAAAAGGUGUCAGCAAUAGGUAAGGGUACAGUCAGGGCUAAAAUACAUGAAACUCUGGACAACAUUUUUCAGAAUAAUUUUUUGCCUAUGUAAGUUUACCCCUACUAUUUAGAAGAAAUGGGCAAAUAAUGCCCGUAAACAUGGUAUCUUACGGAGUGUUAUCAUCGAACAAAAAAUACCUCUACGCAACCUCCAGGAUGUAUUCUAAAGUUGAACUUACAUUAAUUGCAAAGCUGGAUCUUUACUGCCAUAUGUUGAUUCACGCACCAGUUUAUGCAAAUUUUUUAGACUACUUGGCCCGGAGCCAUUUCAAUUCUUCAAUCGCUUAAAUGUUGUGCAUUUAUGUACUUGGAAAAUUCCCAGCCGAGUAAGGAAGAAGAAGAACAAGAACAAGAAGAUGAUGAUGAAGAAGAAGAAGAAGAAGAAGAAGAAAAAGAAGAAAAAGAAGGCUAGUCGAACGUCGGAACCCUCUCCUUAGUAUUCUUGGCUAUCGAACUCGUGCACAAGUUCAUCGUCAGAGAUUACAAGGGCUGCAGAGAAAGAGGAUAUUAUUGAAGGCAUUAGGCAAUUAGCGGCCGCUGACGCAGGUCUUGAACUGGCUGCGCAGCGCACUGUAUACCAGCCUCAGAUCGAUGCAUCGACUCACCGGAUUCUCAUCCCGGACCCAGGCAACCUAGAAGAAGAGACACAUGAGGCCCGAUAUCUCCGUGACUAAUUUUUGCUUCAUUGGCAAGUAAAAGACGCUUAAAGCCUAUGUCUACUUGUUCGCCCCCAGAAAACCUAACUGGAGACUCAUCGAUGAUACGGCUUGGGUUGCCAUACAUUAGGGACGCUUCAGAAGAGAUUGACUGCACUACCGAGGAACGAGGUGCAAGAACUGCACACCGACCCAAAGCUGCCAUGUGCAACAGGGCCAUGAAAAUCAAGAGCGAUUAACUGCAAAGGAAGAGUCUGGGAUAACAUAUCGCAUCCCGUUCCCGAUCGGUCCUCGUAACUACCAAGGUCAGACUGAAAACAUGCUCGGAUCGCGCACACGUGCUCAGAAGCUGACUGUACGCAAGGACGAGGAAUUACCGCAACUGACUGCCCACACAUUCGAAUGGGGCCAUGAGUUCAGUUUCGCAACCGCGAAGAUGAUCUCCCACGCCGGAAGCAAGGCAAGUCGAAAACUGGUUUGUGCAUGGGUCACGGAUGAGAACCCAGACAGUCGGCAUAUAGAGUUCUGUGCUGACAACUCAAAACCUGCACCAGCGGCCGCUGACUGGCCAAAGCCUCUUAUAACGUGCCUAUUUUUCUGCCGGUAACAUCUACGACCAUAGUUUCCUUCAAGCGUUCUAAAGAUCAGGGAAACAUUCAAAUGAUUCCGAUAUUCAACCAAACUUCUCCUUCUUUGCUCAUAAGUACACUCGGAACUUGAGUAUUCGUCCCAUACGUGGAAUUCCCUGGUAUUUUCCUUUCCAGAUGAAUGUGUAGAAACAAGAAAAAUGGCUAACAAUUAGUUGAUAAAUAAAAUAAAAGCUAACUUCGUCCAGCGACUAAUUAACUUUUAGUAGCUUUGCAUUUUGCUCUACGCUUUCUUCCCCGAAGCUGUGAACGAGACAUUUAAAGGGCGUGGAAGUGAACUCGGGUCUAUUUUCCAAGUAGUAUAAUAAUGUGGUAAAAUACUCGAGGUUGCAUGUGGCACUUGACGUUUUAUGGCUAUCGGGUUUUGUGCCUACAAGCAUACUUAACGGGAUUGUGUAUUAUAAGUGUCCCGUCUUAUAAAUUUCAAACGGUUCAACGCUAGUACAUACUUCAUUUAGCAAACGUAGAAGUUAGGCAAGUAAGUAAACCUCCAUGUCGUAUAAGAAUACCUGCAACUGACUAAAACCAAUUUGCCACUGAAGAGCAUCAAAAAUGUUCAUCUCUUCAAUGGUUGCUAUUACAUAAAUAAGAAAAGGGACUCCAAGUCAUUGUAACUAGAACAAAAUGCUCUUGACUAAGACAUUUAAGACAGGUGGUAAUGUUUAACCCUUUAAACGUUAGCUGAGUUACAUUAGUCAGAUUUAGAAAAAAACAUGCGGAUAGUGCCUGCUGAAGGUGACCAAGGUGUGACUGCAACGCACACAGGAACCCGAAGUGUCAUAUGCCAUGAGUAAUCAUAUCUGAAUAAUCACAUCCUUUGUAGUAAACAAUUCUCGGCAUAUGAUAGGAAUGUACGUUUUUGUGCUAUUUUUGCGGUUCAUGGUGAAAACAUUUACCUGCGAUGUUUUCAUAAGGCCAAAUAAGCAAAAUAUGGUCUUCCACUGGUUUACCCGCUCUUCUCUUUAUAAGGGAUUCAGACGCCUACUGCAUGCCGACAUUAAAUGACAUUCGCAAAUGGUCCGACUACAGAAUGCUCAGUAUGCGGUUGAUUGGACUUUAACUGCAAUAAAAAAGUCUCCUUUCUACCUCAUCCUGAAACCAGAACAGACUGAUGGACGCCAUUACCAGAUGACUUCUAACAUCAUCAAUUACAACUAACAAGAUUAGAACUCAUGAUUCGGUGGCAGACCGCCUGCUCAAUGCGCAAAGAACUUGGGCGCGAACUCACAAUCUUCCCGGCCCGGGAUUGGGCGGUUUGAUGGCAGAAACCAAUGAGAAACGGGUCCACUUAUUCACCUCUGUCUUUGCAGACAAUACGUUUCUACCAAUAAAAUCAUGAUGGCACACUGGCCAUUACCCCUACGGUCCCGCGUCCUCAUUUUAAGAUCUUUAAGAACGUUGUGACAGAUAUAAAACCACAUCAAAAUGAGCAUGAAAAAAGGAAUUACGUGGGACAUUUGGAGUUUUGCUAUGGGAAUAACGACCUUACUUUUCAUUAAAUUCCGGUGGGUACUUAUUUCUGUAUCUUAAAUGUAACACACCCUCUGGAAUUCAGCUCAAGGUCACGUGCAAUACGAGGGUACACAUUCCCAUAUUAAACCCAUGGGACUAUAAGUGAAUAUUUAGAUCGAAAUGGGGCACUCUAGAAUACAAUGUUCAGUCUCGUCUCCCAAUGCGACAUGACCUAUGUCCUUAUUACCGUUUUAGGUCACCAGCAGAAUUAACCUAAACAUAACUGGGCGGAGUCCGGAGUAUAAUCGCCUGGACAAAUAAAUUGUGCUUUAAAUUUAGCUUUUGUGUAUAUAUAUUCAGUAUAUAUAUGUUUAUACGCUUUUUUUAAACAUCGAUGCAGUCUUUAUAUUUUCGAAAAAUACUCAGUAAUAUAGGUUCGAACUAUGUGUAUGAUGACCCAGUAAUUUUGAAAACAAGAACCCUAAAUGGAACAAUCUAUUAUUCAGCUUCCAGCAGUUGUGAUAAAGAGAUUCCACUGAAGGCUUCGCUCGGUAUAUUAGCUUCUAAUAAUACACGUAGUUUUAUGACAAUUAGUAUCUAAUCACAAAUAUUCUAAGACCUGCGGAAUAUUUUACUUGGUCCGAGAGAGAUAAGCUACCCGUACAAGAAAGUUUCCCUUGGCUUUUACCUUCGGCGUCCGGUAGUCUGUUUCGUCUAUGAUGAAAACGCUCUAGACUCCCUAGUCAAGCCGAACUAUGUGGACUGUAAAUGUCCCCCUAUUUCAUUGGCUUGGAACAGCACGGGAUUAAUAAUCCAGGACUUAACGUCAUUAAAAGUCAAGAAAAAUGACAUCAAAAAAGUCCCGACGAAACGAGGAAUCGCAUUCUAUGAAGCGCCGCAAAGCAGUGGAAAAGGCAAACUUUCAACGUUUGCUGGCUGACUUUGUUCGCCGCAAUCAGCGUUUACUUGGAGUUUUUAGGUAUAAGUUUUUGAAGGUUGCUGGAUUCUAACACGUUUUGCAGCGGUAAUUUCUGCCGUCCUAGUUUCCAAAAUGUUUGUGUUUUAGAGCAGUUUAAAUUUAAAAAAAACGGAGACCUGGUUCCCUGAGAUAUUGUUUAAGAGCCACAAUAAGUGCUUGUCAUCCUCAUACAAAAGUGGAGCAAGUUCCAGACAGUGCACGGUUUAGAAGAAGGAGGAGAAGAUGCGAUCACUGAAACUAGUUUAUUAGCAUAACGUUUCGGAUUCUCACCCCCCGCUACCAUAUUCGAUGCCGAGACGUUCACUGAGCAGGGGAAUCAGUCACGUGGGGAGUGCGUGGACGAUCAACAAUCCCAAUGACAGCGACCCAAAUGGUCGAGUAAUCAUCACACUGACGUCUAACACGGAUGAUAAAAUUGCGCCAAUGAAAAACUCGGACGCGGACUGACGAACCAGCAUCUCAUCAAUUACGACCCCCAGCGAUGAUUAUGAGAGCUGUUAAUUACAGUGCACAUAUGGUCAUACGGCAGCUACUUGCUAUAAAUACUGCACUCUUUGUGCUUCUACUACACUUACCUGCGACUGUCUCUGAUGAUGGGUUCGAGUGGGGGACCGAAACGUCAGGCCAAUAAACUUCUUGUUCCAACGAUCGCUACUUCUUUUUCUUUUGAACUGCUGCCUGGAGUUCGCCUGUUCGCUUCUAUCGGCAGUACACGGUUUACUUUUAAUUUGUGUGAAUUCGUUGCAACAUUUUGACAAAUAAGUACAUUUUUAUAAAUUAUCCCCAUGUGUUCGUUACCUCGUUUCGCUUUUCUAUCCUUCUCUUGCCCAACUUUGAGCUUUAAAUCAGGCCAAGGCUUCUAUCUACAGUUCCUCGUGUCAUCAAACACUUGUAACUGCGCCCUGCUUUCUGUGCCAUCGUUUAUCUGGAUAAAAAUUUUCUGAGCUAUCCGUUACCUUAACAACAGUCAUAAGUAAUUAACAGGUAUUUUGACUUGUGUGGUCAAAGAUAGCAAAGAAGCUUCCAAACGUGUAAUUAAACAAACUCAAAUUCCGUGGCACACGUCUGUAAUGGAGUAUAUGAUACUUCUGACAGGGCCUCAUAUAAAUCCAUACCCAACUGGCCACGAAGAACACAAGAUACGUUCGUAACAAUGCUGAUGCCUUAUUAAUGGAGGCCAGAUAAGUUUUAUAGCCUCCUACUGAUUACGUCAUUUGUACCUCAGCCCUGUCCUCUAACCUCUUCCGAUUUAACCAUGGACGCCCACUCAGUCGAUGGAAAUCGGAAGCAUUUCAAGCCAAAGGGAAAUGGCGUUCACUGGCCUGACCCGACUGACGGACGGUGUGCAGCCAUUUUGGGAAACCAAGGCAACACAGGAAACCCCGUAUGAUGCCCUAAUAUCAAAGCAGAUUAAUGAACUCGACUCCUGAUCCAUACGACAAACUCCGCCGCCUCCUCCUCGGGAGUGCCGUGGUGCGCCGGACAUCACUAGCCUUAUCUUUUUUCACACCACCAAUGUUCCGAAGUCCAGAUGGGGAGCGAAUGACUGGGGAUAGACGCGUGAAUAGUGGUUAACCCAGCAUAAAGUUCCAUUGCGAGCGCCCCAUCCAGGGGUACAGUGGCUGGCGUGCUAUGGAGCCCCGUUCAACGCGGAAGUGCGUUUUCAUGACUCGGUUCUGGGCAUGGCUCAACGGUUCGGUCAGUGGUCUUUUGGUCCAGCUGUCGGUAAAGACGGACAUAGUCUGACAAACCUUGGGAAAACAGACGAUUCUGCAUAUCUUCUGAAGGUACUAAGCGAAUCUUUGCCUGUAAAAUUACUUUCAAAAUGCGUAUCUGCUCCCUAGAAGAAGGUUAGGGUGCAUGUACUACUUAGAAUCAUUUUGGUCAAACACGAUGUUGACUAGAAAGGAUGUCUCUUCAUAGUAUCUUGACCAUUUUAAACUUUUUUUAACUACUCUUUUGCAUUUCGAGGGGAUUUCACAUCAGGGAGGGCUUCAGUAAGAUGCCCCUGAAGUAUUUUCGGCCUGUCAGUCUGCAGAAAAGCAGAAUAGCAUAAGGCUUUGGGUAGUGAAAGAGGGUCGGUAGAUAGCAGACAACUGGAGCAGGGACUGGGCGUUAUAGCCUCACUAAAAUAGCAGUUGCGGUCGGUGCCAAAGAUAAGAGAGAAGAUCUGAAAUAAUCGCGCGCACGCGAGCGCCCAUAUACAAGUUUGCAAUCCGCCAUGCGCGUUGCCAUUAGCACACUGGCAACUACAAACACACACACACAGCGUAGCUUGAAAGGGGUUUGUCGCGCCCCCAUCACCAGCAACACCAGCCGCAGUUGGCACAGGCACGCCCCUGCCCCUCAAGAAGGAUUCGACAAAGCACCGCAGUUGCCCUCAGCGGCUGUCAACGCAUUAAAUGUGGCCCACCAUCUGGGGUUGAUCGGCAGGCACCCCGAGGGACGGGGCUGGGGCUAAAGUUGGGGUUGCUUUGGCAAAAGUGCAUGGGCCUGUCAAACAUGACAAGAUAUAUUAUUAAGAUUAAAGGAGUCUGUACUUCGCAUGAAAGCUCACAAACGAAGGCACAGAUGCCCACUCUGUGUGGGCGUGUGUUCAGGAAACUGGCGCGGAUCAGUUAUCACACCACCGGACAAUCGGCAGGCGUUUUUAGCGAAAACGUUUUCGAGGUCUUGCCUUGCACCCCCCUCUCUACCUGUCUCUCUUCCAAAGACAAGUUGUUCUAAAAAUUGGUGCAACGCUCUAACACGGGAAUGGAAAGACCUGGAAGAGUUCUGGACGGACUGCUACUAAAUACGCUUUUGUCUAUUUCCCAAAUAGUCCUGCGCCUAACUCAGUGACUGCAUACGCGAGAAAAGAGCCUUAAACAGUCAGAAUGCUUCACGUAACUUCAUGCAAAACCCCAGAUCGUUUUGUUUUCAAAUCACGUAUUCGAGUGCAACAUUUACUGUUCAGGUGUAUUCUGCAAACAUUCCCUGCCAGUUUUAUAAAUCAUUGAAUGUUAACUCGAGCCUUGAGUCUGACAAUCUCAAGGAUUCUUCUGUGCUCUGCUGUUAUCCUCCACAAUGACCCCUGAAUAAUUGCAAUAAAAGGCAAUAAUGCUUUCUGAAAAAAUUUAUUGGUGGGAAACAUCAGAGAUUUUCCCUGAUCGUAUUUACUAACGUCGUCAAAUGGACCUAUAAGUUGCCUAUCUUUCCGACUAACAUAGGUUGGCGAUACAUCUAAGGAUGGUACGGGUAAAUGAUCAAAAACAAUCAUCUAUAAAUAGUCAUUACCAUGUUUUACUUGGUUUGCGGGGUUUCGACGUUCCGAUCCCAAGCAAUAUUCCUAAGUCGUAUUCCCCAUCGCGAAACUGAAAGGCAUUUGGAGGAUUUUACCACUGACCGAUUUGACGAUUUGACUUCUUUUGCUUCUGCUCAAGAUGAAAUUGCCUUUGGUAAGAAACGUUUGCAGCUUCAUAGAGGUCAAAUGAAGUCAAUACAGUACGUCUAAGAUGAUGUGCCCCUGCAGGGUGUUAGGGAAAAAGUAGAAGCGCACUUUUCAAUACAUUUGACUUAAGUUUUCAGUUUUAAUGUCGGGCACGCUUUUAAACAAAGCCUUCUUGUUAGUAAAAAUGUGCCACGUGAUGCUUACUAUUACAAUCCCACCUAAGUAGUCCCUCCUAACCGAAAAUUCAUUUUAGAAUUUCGAUCAACAUUUCAUGAGAUCGGUUAGCGACUGUAGAUACACAUCUAUAUUAGACUUUUAAAGCCUCCGACAAUUUGUUAUUUCAGAUGAAUAUGCAAGUAACUGUAAGUAGUUAGUCUACCAUAAUUCCAGCAACACAGAACAGUAAUUUUUUAGCAAACAUUUUCCGUAUUUUGGCAAAACUUGUUUUACAAGGCGUAGGAAAUAUGCAUUAACCACAAAAAGCGGCUCUUCUACAGAAAUGGAUGUCUUCUAAUCUUACAACUGACGACGGAAAAAUUUCGGGCAAAAAUUUUCGAAUUCCAAAUAUGCGCGAGAAAAUCAAUUAAUCUGCGUUAAGAGCGAUCAGUGUCAUAAAAUAAGUCCAUAGUCUGUGACUAUUAAUUUGGCAGUUAUUUAAGAAGCCUUAAGGUACGGUAAACAUUGUCAAAUAGUCUAGAAAAUAGCCCCCACUGCCUUUUAUAUCAAGAUAUAACCACCCAUUAUUAGAUAACUUCCAUUAGACACUUUUCACAAUUGCGUUUAUGAUCUCAUCCGAAAUCAGCAUACGAUUUCUUGUUCAUGGACGUCGCGACACGAUUUUCACGUUACAUACACAAAUGCGAAAACUCUAGCUGAAGAUACGAUCUUUAACGGAAUAACCGUACAAAGUUCGCUUGCAAACAGUCAGCAAGUAGUAUAGCUGGCACAGAUAAUAACUGUUUCAUGGUACUCCCAGAUCGAGCACUAUGCACAAUCCCGGACGAGUUUGGUGAAUUUGACAGCAAGCUUGAAUAUGCCGUCCCGGAGCCUUUACCCCAUGUUUCUAUAUUGCCUUUUAAUAAGGUUAAAAACUUUACACUGAAAAUUUGAUCACACAUUGAAAAACGUGAAGGACAACUCGAUGAGCUGAACCAUCGUUAGUUUCGUCAGUUGUCAGCUGAAAGUCAGUAGAACACGUACUUUUCGGGGAGUAUGAGUGCAUAAUUCUUAUGUGUGUCUUCUGCAACUGUGCGUGGUCAACCGAGUCACUACCAUGAAAUUACGACAUUUAUCGAAGCCAAUGUGCUUGAAAACUAAAGUCGUAAGAAUAUACUGUCGCAUUCACUCGCCCCGCGCAAAUCUACUAGGUUUUUCCUACUUCUAUACAAAGCACAGUCAUAUAGGAUAAAAGGAGGAAAUUCUGCUGCUCAUGAAGUUGAAUGGAAAAGGCGCAUCAAACUAAUGCCUUAUUCCCGUCUAUAACAGUUUAAGGAAGAGUCUCCAAGAAGUACGUGCGACAAAUCCACGAAUCCCAGUGUCCUUUGGUCCUUGUAUAAACAAUGCCUACCGAAAUAUUUGUCAGCACUCAGCGUUUUGAUUUAUUUCUUCAUUAACUUGCCUUUGACCAUCACAAAUAAAGACACACGAAUAGUACUGUGGUAGACAGUGGAGUAACCGAAUGAGUAGCGACCUUUCCACUUACCUACACAUCUGCCAAUAGUAUGCGCAAAAGUAGGAGCCUAAACCUUGCCAAAAAGAAGGAGACUGACGCAGAGAUCGUACACACUCACCGGAUCGCACGCGUCCCCAACCACUCGAGUUGUGGUCCACGAAUUAUUUUUUUAUGUUAACUCAGGUGGCUGCGUUCAUUGGCAAUUCUCGAUAGAUUCGUGACCUUUUUUCGAUCGAAGCCCAGACACACCGAGAGCCGAGGCAAUGCAGGUGGAUGUCUGCCUCGCGGUAGUUCACCGCACACACGCCACCGUACACGUGCGCACCAGCGUGUCUGCGCCCGCAAACCCGUGUGCGUUUCAACUUUCACGCGUCUCAGAUCCGACCCACCGGCCGGUCUCUCCCUCCAUCGCCCCAGCUUUUGCCCUCCGAUCUCUCGCUGUCAUUCUUUGACAAUCACUCCUACCUGGUGUGAUCAUGCAAUACGUGUGACCACAUUUCAAUGAAUCGUCAUGUGUCAUUAAGCUCUGGUGCUGCAGGUGUAUAAUAUUAUUCAUCCUCUUAGAGUAAAAUGAACGAGAGUCCUCUCUGAGACUGUCUCCAACUGAAGCAUCGAGCAAUGUUCCUAAACGCACUGGCUAUGUGUCUCCCUGACACGCCUGACCAGAGGUCAGAGUCCGAUGUCCCCUCGCGCCCCAUGCAUACGGCGAUUGGUUGGCACCAGCAGGUCACAUCGACCUUUAUCCCGCACCCUUUGUCAUCUCAAGCAGACAGAGGAUUUUGCUACCCAAAAGCAUCACUGUCAUCAUCAGCCCUGUGCUGGGUGAAGGAUUUGUUUUCACAUUCCAAACUACGCAGGUCUCUUCAUUGGAGAGCCCACCCCUCUUGUCACACUGCAGUCUGCCUACGCAUCCUUCGUCUCCACUUCCUUCUCCUCCUUCUCCUUAUGCAUACCUCCGUUGUACAGGCAACAUUUUUGUACAAGUUUGAACCUGAAAGCAUCCCCAACGGCAAGGACUCGUUGGCCGUCCAGCCACCCUCCCAGGAAUUAAAAAGCCGCUUACAGGGUCCUCCUGAAUAUAUCCAAUCGCGGCAUGAAAAGGAGGCGUCUUUGGUUCGGACAAAAAGAGGAAUUAAAGUAAGCACUUUCGAUACUCCGCGGGUUAACUUUGUGUGGGAAUCUAUCAUUUUUUAAAUACCCACUUUUUAUUAACUUUAUGCUAUACUAGUACUCACCAGAAACAGACUGAAAAAGUUUUUAAAGGCGUGCUUCAUGGCUGUUGGAAAAAGUCUUUUCAUACCACUUCAGGUUGGCGUUCAGAAAAUUAAUCUUAUUUAAAGUAUUUAAAGACAAAUUCAACUAUCAAUAAAUCCCUUCCAAAUAAUAUAACCUUCGCUUUUCACAACGCUCUUAUUCGUAAUCAUAAAAGUUUCACAUAAAACCUCAUUCGUAAUAACUGUCCUGCAAUGUUCAUGCUCCUGAAUCUAUUGCGCCCACCAAUGAAUUUCAGUCACAUUCAAGAUUAGUUAAGAAAAUCCGCACAAACUGUUGGGGGCCGUGCAAACAGAUGCGUUUUUGGGAAGAUUUUUUUUAUCUCGAUUGGGGAAAUUAUAAUAAUCUUUAAUCGGAAAACAUACAGCUUGUAGAUUGAAAACCCUAAACAAAAACGCGACGGCGGAUAGAGUACGGAAUUAUUCGAGGCUAAAAAAAUACUUAUAAAACUAGAUCAUACUUUUUCUUUAGGUACAAAAUAUGAUGAAGACAUGAUAUGCUACGAAAUUAAUACAAUAAUUAUUUUACACAGUUUUUAUGAAACACGUUUCAACUUACAAGAACAUCGAAAAUCCAUGAAGGAAAUGCAUGCUUAUUAAGAAGUCAUUUUUUCCAAUUGCGGUUCUUGAAGAUGGUCGAAAAGUGGUUUAUUCAAUAGACAACACCCUGGCAUACAUGAAAUAUUACGAGAUUAUCUUUCAGGAUAAGCGAUACUACCACUCCACGCAAGCAAUCCUUUCUAACCAAAAACGCAUUUCAGAAUUACUGUUUAACUUUCCUGAAAUCGACUACUGACUAUACCCCCUUAAAGAAAGUAAAGUCUUUUCGCCCUAGUACUAUGUGUGGUCAACAAAUUAGUUUUAUAUGCAUGAAAUACAAUAUAAGAAUCUUUACUCCGACUUACAGAAAGAACGUGAUCUUACGUAUCCCAAAAAUGUAACUGCUUUUUUCUUUUUAUACUUGAUGAAAAUCCAAACGCAAUUACGUUGCCUGAGGACUCAGUUAAAAACCAAUUUGUUUAAAAUGAUUAUCGAUGUGCGCUUUCGCAGUAUUUCUGAAAUUACAAUGAAACACCAGACAGUUAGAAAAUGUUUGCUAACCACGGCAAAUCGUUCGCCAAGUUCAGUAAAACAUUUUAAUCUUAAUUUCAUUGUAUGAAUCUUUGUGGAUAUCCCACUGAAAUAGACAGAAUUAGGCCACAAGAUUUUCACAGCAAAUAUGUGGAACAACUCGAAAGACUUGAGCUGCAGAUUAUACUCCAAGUUUACUAGUUACCUUCAAAGGAGCCGGGAAAAAUCCAACGCUGGAGACCUAUAGUACAUUUACAAAGAAAAGGAUUUAGGAGAAAUACGGCCACUCUCGGGUAAGCAGGAAACCGCCGUAUAAUUUUCAUCGGAACGAGUGAUUAGAAGUAUAAAUUGUGCUGUGUUUGGAAUAUAAUACGAAAUUUUCAAUACAUCUUUAAAAAUACUACUGACAGCCCGUCUGCGACGUAUAUGUGGCCACCGCUAUUUUAUUUAAUCUGACGGAAUUCGGUUCUUACAGUCAUUUAAAAUUUGCAACGGGACCAAAUACGCUUGUACACCGAACUUUACUCGAGGGUCGCAAAUUAAUUCCUGAGGAAACUACAAAGAUCUAAGCUUAAACAUUGGAGUAGUUAUAUCAGAGAUAUCACACGAUAGAAAUUUAGGAACGUAAUGAUGGUCAUAACAUCACUUUUUGACCUAGCUUUACCACCAAUCACGCACACCUGUCAAAUUAAAAACAUUGCACAACAUGGCGGCCCCAGCCUGUUCCCUAGUCGCGAGGCCGCUAAAAGAUGAAUAACAUAAGGAUGCAAGCCCAAUACUAUCUUGUCAUCGCAGAUUAACAAAUAAUAGUAAACCGGAAUUCCCACUCUCUUCUCCCCAUUAAAAAAGUGAAAACUGAAACGUCAUCCCAGCCUUCACAGCACUUCUAGUACUUACAGCCAACUGCCUUAAGUCACCUGAAGGACGAAGGAACGGAAUUGUUCCUAAUUUUAAAGAUCCGGACACUUUUUAGACCUGAGCGCAAUAUUAUGUGAAAAAAACACUCACACACACAUAAAAGUCGAUUUCGGGCACAAAUUCACAUCUCAUUAGUGGGAUGCCUCAAUGUGGGAAGUAGCGGAAAAUAAUGCCCUCUGGAGCUUGCACUGUGCGCAUGGACGUUGCUUUGCAACGCAUCAUAAAUCUCUAGCAUAUCUAUUACCUGGAUUCUGGUUAUGCCUUCAUAAAUAGUAAUUUGAACUUUUCGAUUUCUAUCUAUUCUGAGGAGUCGUAAAGUUAGUGCGGAUUUUGGGAGUCCUACCCCCGGUCUUAAUAUCUAUUCUCCAUAAUAAAUUUUCGCAUUUAUUUGUCCCCCUUAUGUAGGCCGCCUUAGUUCCCAGGGGCUAGAACUGUCCUAGAAAAGGCGACCCAGUCUAUAGACCUAAGACCCAAUGCCCAACUGAUACCUGCGAAAGAAGGCGAUGCCUUUUAACCAGCCCAUUAAGGGAUUCCGCACAUACUUUAAGUAUGAAAUGCGUGCAGUAAGGUGCUUAUGAAAGUUAAUGGAUUUGUGCGUACUGUAAGCACAGAGAAUACAUACGAAAUGGUCAACGACUAGAAACGCACCCUUAUUGCACGAAAUUACUUUAUCAAAACCUAUAUUCGCCUGUUCAUAACUGAAAAUUGCCAGUCGAAAGCAGUUUGAAAAAUUCGGAGUCGUCUAAUGUUUUGUGUAAUCUCAUAUUGUUCAUGCCAUUGAAAACGUUUUGUCUGUAUAGUUAUUUGGCGCAAGUUUGAAGUAGGUAGUCAAUUUACAUUCCUCCAAACUAUCCAAACAACGAGGGUUAGGGAGACGAACUGCACUCUCCUGAAAACUAAAAUAUUAUUUCCAAGAUUUAAAGGCAUCUGAUGAUUCUCUUGAAUAUGCCCCUGUAUCCUAAAAAAAGUAACGCAGAACAGUUCUUUUCCUAAUCAUAGUGCCCCAAAUAGGCCUGGAGAAGUAAGGCCUAUCUAAUGCUGCUGGGCUGCUCUCGAAAUUAGACACUAAAGACCUUCGGGAGUUUUCGAAAAUCCCAAUCGGACAAGACAGAAGCUCUUCACUCUACUUACUUAAUAUCCAAUAUAUUUUUUAGGCCUCCUUUGUAAAUGCCUACAAGUUUUUCACUAUCUGCUUUGAAAACUGGACCGCGUUCUGAAUUUGUCACUUACCCCAACCGCAUCAUUAAACCAUUAAAUUCCUCGCCAAUAGAAGCGAAAAGACGAGUCCCAGGAAGCAGUCUUGAAGAAGAAGACACGAUCGCUCUUGUCCCGGCGAUCGUGUCUUCUUCUUCAAGACAUUAAAUUCCUCGUCUAAACCUAACUUCUAUGCUAACUAAUCACUAACCCCGAAUCCAAACCCAACUCUAACCCCCUAAAAUUUUGUGCAAGUCCGCCUGCAAUAAGCAGUAAUUAUUACGUACCCCGCCGUCUUCUGUCCGAUUCUGGAGCGGACUGCUUUUUGCUUCCAGGAAAGACGGUAUCGCCUUUUUCAUGGUAGCCAGGUCUGUGCUUUUAGACCACUAGGUGAAAUUUACCGAGCUACUUCUUUGUUAACUAACUGAAAAUGUAUGCAAAUUAAGUAAGGCUUCAAUUCCUGUCAUCCACUCACAUUUCAUUUUGCAUAUACAGUCACGUUUAGGGGCCGUAAGGGCAAAACGUUGUUAACGUUGUCAGAUUUCCCAUUCAACCACUACAGAAGGAUUCAUUAGGUCCCGGGAAUGAAGGAUAAAAUUUCCUGCUGUAUAGGGAGCACCGAAUGGUCUGGCGUGGACUGAAGACGUGACGGACACACUAACGCACCAGAAUUGUCUGUUUAAGCCAAUUGCAUUUAACAGAUUUUCCCUUUCACCGCCCAGAGGACUUGCUAAUAUCUGAGCCUAAAUCAUUUUUUGUCCAUUCGGAACGCACCACUGAAUUAACUUCUGAAUAAAAUACCGAUUUGGCCUAACUUUAAUAAAGUCUGACAAGAAAGUUGCUGCCUUGUCUACAGGUACCUGGUAAUUUAAAUGCUGCAGGUGGUUGGAGGCUAAAUUUGGAUGGAUACUGUUUUGAGUGUGGUUAACUCGGUGGAACCCCUUGCCAAGUGAAUUUUCAGCAUUGAAUUGAGACGAUGGAUCAUUAACUAACUUAGGAUACUUUCCAACUUUCAUUUUCUAAGUAUACUCAUUUGAAAUGCAUGUCAGCAUGGCCGUAUACUCACUACGAUUCGCUUCUAACUCUGGACGCCUUCUGUAGGCGGUGGACUUCAAACCGAUAAAUAAUAGGGAAUCUCGUCAGCUCCCAGCUGCCGAUCACGUUCUUUUUUCAGAGAAAGGCAGAGGAAUUAUAAAUUCAUUUUAACCAGUGCUUAUUUUUGGAGGCAGAGAAUGAUUUUUACAUUUUUCUAUACGCGUGAUUAAUUUCAUACAAGGAUGUUUACUCUCUCCAAAGCUCGUUUUGAGUUAUACGUGGGUUCAUCUUUUACUUCAUUUAUCAGAACGCAGAAAAUUUAUAUUUAAAUAGAACCAAGUUUUGUAUAAUGAGAUCAAAACUCGAGGUACCUCAAUUUUCCAUACUCCCAGAAAGGUAGACUGCUAUCAUUUUUGGUGUUUAAUAUUCUUUUGCUUCGCAGUGGGCAGUCUUGUUGCUAACCUUUCCUAUCUGCAAUAUCUUAAAAAAUCCGUUCGUAAAACAUGCAGUUAUCCGGCUCCAGUUAGCACCUUUUCCUUCAGCUCUUCAAUAUACACAGUAUUUAUGAGAGGGAAAUAUUCACCUCACACGAUGCGUUCUGGUUUUCUCAAAAAAUGCCGACAGUGAUUCGGCAUAUUUUCCGCUACCACAUAAAGGGCAAGUUGUUUUUCCUCGAACCCGUCCUAGCCAACGUUACCCGAUGCUGCAUCGAAAAGGUUACCCUGCAGGGUAUGGUGCCGUGGAGUCUAUGUGCUUCCUUAGAUAUCUCUUCAUCAGCACUGCUCUAUCCUGGAGGUAACCAUCGACAUCAUCGCAUUGUCUGUUCCUCACUUACAAAGGUUUCUUGUUGCAUUUAAGCUCCGUUGAAGUCCUGUGACGUUUGGUGCCUCAGAAUCCUUGCCGACAUUCUCGUUUUCCUCUGCUGUUCUCUAUCAGGCAUGUUUAGUGAUACAAAAGUUAUUUUACACGUCUUUCUACGACGUAUUAAGCGUAAAGCUAAAAGUGACAGGGCCAAAUUACCUCUUCAUAAACACUUCGUGUUUAACAUCUUACCAAGUAGUUUUUAGGACUAAGGUUUGCGUUUGGAAUCUCCAAUAAAACUGUAAAUUUCAAAGAUAUACUCCCACAUAUUCGUGCUCAUCUGAGGUGAAAAUAUUAAUGCUGAAGUUUGCAGUAAUGUAGUUCUUCAAACAAAUGCAUUUUUGUUUAAUAGUAGCGUAUUUUUACAUAACACAGUUAUGGAUGACAGUUAUAGCGAAGCUUUCGAUCCUAUUUCACGUCCUACAGGCAUACGUUACCUAUUAAUUGAUUUGCACUUUAAAAAUAUUCGUCAAAUUAUGCGAAGAAAAUUACAGUUUUGAGAGUAGUAUCCAAACACACCUUUCAGUAGUAGUGACUUAUUUUAUAUCGUCGAAGAAUUCGCUCAAUAUUCGCAGCUGGUAUUGGGGAAUAACACCUUUGCAGAUUGGGCAAAUAACAUGAAAGAUCUGCUUACUGAUUUUAAGCACCUAGACUAAAUAUAGAGCUUGCUGGUUAGGCAAGAGGUAUCCUACUUAAGCAGGAGGCGGUUAUACAGUUAGAAUUUCCAAAUGACUUUACUAGUCUACUUCAAAAUGCUCGUGUUUGUUCUUUGUCCAUUCACGUUUUUGAAGGAAAACGGUUCAUAGUUUAUGCUGGACAUUGUAAGAGAACUUGAAACAUAGCCACCGGUACCAAAAAUCCGUGUUUGGAUAAAACUUUUACAUAAGUAUUCUUAAUAAAUACCAAUAUUUCAGCGUACCAAUUUGUACUUUUUGCAAAUGAAAUCUAGCAGUGAUAUACACUGUACAUAAAAGUGUAUCUCUUUAUACUUGCCUCUGACACCCACGCACUUUUGGGACUUUAAUUUUAUCACAGGGUUUCCGGAGUUCCACCAACUGAUUUCUGAUAAGCUUUCAUGGGCUGUCGACAGUAGGGGACUCAUUCCCACGAAACAUCAGCGCACCUCUCACCAUAAUAAAUCAGACGCACUUUGAAUUUAUCACGAUAAGCUGAUAGUCGCAACUCGGAAAACUGCCAGCUGACUGGAUAUCUCUGUCGUCGUGGCCGGCAAUAUGUGCGUAUGCAGGGUAACAGGCUCGAGGACUGGAAGUCAGUAGAGUAUGGUCUCUAUAGCAAUCUCGCGGACCUGAAAUCCAAGCCGUCCCUAUUCUGUGAAAACCUAGUGCAUUGUGCGAUUGACGAGGCGGCGCUUGGUACGCGUAGACGGCUUGUUUAGCCUUGUCGGCCACCGCGCCCGAACCCGUCCCCGUCUUCUUGACAUUAUCUUGCUGUUGGAGCCUUAUGGGCAAGGGAGGAUGGAGUGCGAGAGAUGUUGCGGAAGUCGGUCGCCUUACAAAUUAAUUUGUGCGGGAGUCAUAGCUGAUGUUCCCUCCAAGUCGUGGGGUACAUAGUAUACAUCGUCAUUUGCACACAUCGAACUCUUCUUCUCCCGUCCAUUAACUUUAUUCGACUCCAACGUUUGAGUGUGAACUGGAGCAGGACCUAGCCAGUCUUUUUUCGACAGAUUUAUUCAACAGCGGUUCAUCGAUUUCUAACGAAAGUGUGACUGGAUGGGCUGAGGAGGCAGUAAUUAGCUGAAAUUCCCGCAGGUAUGUGGCGCAGAAGAGGCAGGUUGAUGAAGAGCAUGUCUGGUUGAACGUGGGUUGGGAAGGCGUUGAAACAGUCUUCUUUGCCGUUUGGACACAUCCAGGCAUAAAAAUUAUGUCGUGAUAUGAUAAUUUGUGAUGGUCGGAAGUACGUUUUCAUGAGUAGGGACUGCAGAUUUUUUAAAAAAUUUUUAUUGGUCUCAUUCAUAUAGUGCUUGACUGAAAACGUAUACAGUCACACAUGUCAACCAGCCAUAUUCACCGCAUUUAGAAUUUUGUUUCUAAUUCGCAAAAUUUCGUGCGGACAGUGUAUUAAACUGAAAUUUUCGAGAUGAAUAGACAGAAUUUGAAAACUUACUUACUAAUUACCCAGUAACAUCCACCCAUUUCAAAUGAAAGAGACUUGCUCGAAUAUUAACCGUACAUUAAAACGAACAGAGUUUUGCUUCCACGAAUAAUUUAGAAUAAAACUUUCUGUAUGUUCUGGCAACUAAAAAUACAUCUUUUCCUACAGAAUACAACGCAACAUGACGAUUAGGGUUUUGAACUCUGCCAAAUUACACUUUUUUCUGUAUAUUUGAAAAAGCGAGUUUGGUCAAGUAAACUGAUAUCUGGUUGGCAGUAAUAGUGUAGAAUAAAACAAUUAUGCUACAUCUUGCUUACCAGUCUUUGGACUUAUAAUUGGAAGCCGACUGACCUAUCUUGCCUUAUUUAUGCAAGAGAAAUCAGCAAGAUGAGUGCGCAUUGUCAAGUACUUGAAGUAAACUUCUAUAACCAAAUUAAAACAUUCUUAAAAACAGUUCUGCGUCUUCUACUAUGGGACAUAAUAAGUGUUGAUCCGAAUAUGGCACGACACUUGUAGGCAGACGUAAAUUUAAUACGUGAGACUUCCUGAGAAACGACUUUCCUUAGAAGAAAGCGCUUAUGAUUUGUUCCCGCAAUUUUUAUACCCUUAAAAUAUCCGAAUGGACGUGUUAAUAGGCAGUUCUAGACCGCUCUGCCGUCUGACUUACAUUUUUGGCCAGAAGUUGCCGUCUCCUUCCAAAAAACGGCCAAAAUAUGUACAAUGAAUGACUAAUCUCAUCAAAGGAUGGCCGAAUUUCUUAAAUACGUUUUUGAUUAGAAAGGAUUACUUAGAUGGAACUGUAAUAGCGAUUGUCGUGAGUCAUAAUGCUUUACUAUUUCGGACUCGUCGGGAUUUUGGUUUUUUAAUGCACUUCUUUUUGACCUCAUGCGAAAAUCGCUUUUGGUAAAAGAUGACAUGCAUCCAUUUUUUACAUUGAUUUCCGAUGGUCUUAUAAAUUGGAAUAUAUGCUAUAGAAAACAAACACACAAAUAUGGUUUCUUUAACUCGUCUGGUAGAAAAUCAUGUUUUCUUCUCAUGUUAUGCUCAAAGAAAGGAUACCGUUCGAUUUUAAAAAAAGUUUUUAAUUAAGAUUUUUUUAAGAUCGUGCCAUGUCCGUUCAUGCAGCAUGGUGCCCGUCCAUUCACCAUUGCUCCUCAUGAAAUAUGCAACAUAGUCAGCAUUUAUUCACAGACUUUAUCUACUCUAUAUGGUGUCAUCUCAAAGGCCCAAGAAAAUAUAUGAUUUUUUUACACAAAACGUGUACACUUUUUAGGCGGCGAGGGCUAAACACUGGUGCAACUGCUGAUGAGGCUCACAAUUAUUCCGGAAAUUUAAAACGUUUUAUAACCUAGUCAUACCUAGCCAUAGCCUUUUUGGGCAUAAAAUGUAAAAACGACAUAAUUUUGUACUAAACGAGUAAAAGAAAGCUCCGUUUCACACAUGUUUUUAUGAAGUUUAUCUGAAUUUUUAACGCCAUCGAAAAUCCAUUUGAAAAUGCACGCUUCUUAAGUAGUCAGUGAUUUGCCCAUAUCCAAAAUGCACACUGCGAAUAGAUGUUUUACUUUUGCUGAGUCAGCGGAACUGGCCUCAUGGACCUACACAUCAAGAACUCUCUCAUGAUUAUCACAGCUUUUUAUACUCUGCAUUCAUUUUUUACAACGUUACACAUUAGCCUUUCUUUCAAGACAUCAGAAAAACUGACAUCCCCAAAAGUUUUAAGAUGCAAACAGGACAUUUUCUUCCAAAUUCUUACACUCUAUUUAAAGCUUCCAUAAACGUAUAUUUUCAAAGAAGCCUUCAGUAAAUGUUUACCAUGUUAUGUCGAAGGCGCUGUUCGAUGAAAAUUUGUCGUAUAAAUAUCGAAUCAGGAGUGUUUUUGCCACUUUUCUCUAAAGGAAUGUCGAUUGCCAGAUAUAGAUUAACUUAUGUUUCUUUGCAAAACCCGUCUUUGUUCGCUUUUUGUCGUCCAAUUCAUUUGUGAUCUGUGUGUACCCAGCAUCAUCUUCUGACAUUUCAAAAGGUCUGAUGCAGUUCUAAGGAAAAUAUUAUUUCGUUGAAAUUUCCACGUAGAUAAGACCUAAAAAGUAAGAUGUGCAUUUCGUCAGUGCUCUGCGUCGCAUUAGUCAAAUGAAAAAUAUUUGAGUUAUCUGUGCGUAAUCACUUUCCUCACGAGUUUUUUAAUACAACGCUAAUUAAGGGAUAGCGUUUUCUAUUUUUGUUGGAAAUUAUUUUUCGACCUUGGUCCAAAAUUGUCCCAUCAGGACUUGUCAAGUCAGACUAUAAUUUCUAGAUAGCCGAUUUUAUUCGAAAAAUAUUGGAAAUUUCUCAGCCGCAGAAAAUCCUGCCCACAUACGGUACUGUGAUUUAGACCAGCAAACUUUAUCCAAUGUUUAAGAUGCAUAUCGUAUCGUCAGUGUAUUAAUUGUUAAUUUGUUCACAGGGGACUGAUCCAUGUAUUAACCAACUUUUCCUUUGCCAGUAGUCGUAUAAAACAUUUUGAGGACUAGUAAGCUGAUGAUGUAAACUGCUCGGAGGCUCCUUUUGCAUAGAUUAACACACAGGUUAAUAUAAACUUUAGUUUCGACCAUUGAAAAUCGCUAAAUAUGGAUGAGGUUUCCAAAAAACACCUGAAAUUCGCUUUGGUAGGUUAACAAUGUCAUAACUUUUAGCUACAAUGACUCGGCACGAUGGUGUCUGACAACAUGUUUUUCUCAUGCAGUGGAAAAAAGUCGGGUGUUUUUCCUUUUUGAAAGGUUUACUUAUUUAAAUGAAUAUCCAAAUUGAAGAACUUUGGCGGCCCACGUGAAGUUUGAACCCAGCUUAUAAAGGACAGAGGUCGAGUACAGCCAAAGUUCUUAACACCUGAGGUACGAAUCUCCCAUCGGUUGCUUUGUGUUUUCCAUUUUUUGGUAUUCAUUCAAAUUGUCAAAAACAUUUACUACAAAGUGGACCUGGCAGUCUUCUAGUGCAUUCUCAGGAAAUACGUUUAGGUAGUCAGUCUGCUCUAUUGGGGUUUGUUGGUCUAUUGCACUACGGUACUUUGGAUGGGUAACUUGAUCAAAAUGUAAAAAACGCUGAAGUUCUUCAUCCGGCGAUCCCAUAGCUCAGGUCGUUGGAGCGCUGGCAGAACUAAAGUCUUUGACGUUCUUUCGUAGUUUUAAGUUCCACCAAAGCCGCUGAGUCUUUUGCUUCUGGAUAUUCCGUUAACUAAUUAAAUUUACCAAAACUCCAACACGCUUGCGUAAUUAAUGAUAAAUAUGAACAUCAAAUGGGAGGAAAUUUAUUAAAAAUCAGAACCUGAUUUCCUCUCACUCGAACAGCACUAAUCUUUACCGACCUCUGGGUCAAAUUUUCAGUUAGAGUGAAAAAUUUCGAUGGGGUGACGCAGAACGAAGUGGAUUAUUCCCCCGAUGCAAAAUUCUGACCAACAGGAAAAACGCUCCGAUGAAAAACAAAUGUUAGAAAUUAAGCAAAUAUUUGAUAUUUUAAGUAUUGCAAAAAAUUUAGACAUUCUGCGUCAAAAGUAAAAACACUAUUUAUUUUUUAUUUGUGCGUUUUUUUCCAUCUGUAAUUCUUAACCAGACUUUAGUCUAAACGCUUUCGCUGAAAGGUUCUGGAUAGUUUUUCCGAAUACAGCACUACAAAUUAAAAGCCUCUAGGGGUAGAACAGAGUGCGAGAACGUUCUUCCAGAUUCCUAUUCAAUUUAAAAACUGAUUUGAAGGAGGAACCUAUGAUUGUUGUGAUUACUGGUGUUUCAUAAACCUUGGCCUCAUUAAAUCGAGCGGCAAAGCGAUUUUGCGACUACUUCGCAAAGGUUCCUGUGACUGCAGUCAUCGCCUAUUAAAUGGUUGAUGUUUGCAGCCAGCCAACUUAGUUUUUGGAAUUUUUUAUCUGCAUGCUUUGUAGAUUUCUGCAAAUAUCAACCAGUUUAUGAAUGAUAGUAAAUUGUCCCUUCAGGGCCACUGUUAAUUUGAACACGGUAAGUCAAAUGAUGCAGUUGAUUUUCUCCCCCUAAUCUGUCACUUAAGGAAUUCCCAAAUGAAAAGUGGAAAUGUACUUAUGAUAUGAUGAAAUUUUUUGCACAUUAAAUCUUAAAAAGUAAUAAAAGCGUUUGGACUUUCAUAUAAUUUUUGCUAAAUAACUUAACUAUUAUCAGAAUGUAUGCAAGUUACUGAACUCUAUAACUGGUGCAGAACUUUGUGAAUGCCCGAUACCCACCAGGUCGAUCCUUAGACAGCGAGGAAUUUGGCUUCUCUUUAGUUCCGCACAGACAGGCGGAUGACUGACAUUAAAUUUAAGACUCGGGCAGCAACCUACUGCAGGCCCGUUUUCCAGUUAGACUGUUGAGAACGAAGUCUAAGUAGGUGCCAUACUUUCAUCUCGCCAGACAUCAACAUUUGUAUUUCCUACAAGAUAGGCAGCGAAAACGCAUCAAUGGAGUUCCAUUAGAAGAUUAACAUCGAAAAAUUAAGCCGAGUGGUCGUUAGCCGGUUUUAUCAACACGCCUUAUUGGGGCCGCGAUUCCCUACUUCUGUUUUUAUAUGACUAUCUUGACAGACCUAUUUGGUAAAAACAAACGUUUGUUUUAGGAUUAUCAUCAAACGACUUCCUGUAUUUUAUUACGUUUAACGUACAAAUGGCAUACUUUCUACACAUAUGACUUUUUUGCAUACGCAGUACUCAUUAUGAUCAUGUUUUCUGCCUCUAAUCACGGUUAUUGCAGUUCUUAACAAUUUGCACUUGGGUAUCUCAAAUUCUAAAACGUGCAAACCGCUAACCUUCUAAAUCAUCGUCGAGACAUAAUAGCGGUUUGCCGACGUUCCUCUUGCUGUCACCCCAUUUUGGGAAUUUCACAAUUUUUUCUGUUUCCACAACACCACUGUAACAUUUCAGCCAAGCAAGAUGGUCCUUACUAUUUUUGGAGAAUUAUCGUCCACGCUUCCUCGCAUACCCCCCACCGAUACGCAGUCGACCCUAUUUUUAGCGGCAAUGCACUUUUGACGCCAAGAUAAUUUACUUGCGCUGUUUGAGGAAAGAACACAUCAAAAUUUGGAGAUUUUACGAAAUCAAACCUUGUUAAAUCAGGCGUAAUACAAAAGUUCUAAUAAAUUCGUCCACCGUAUCUCUGAUAAGUGAACAAACAGGAUAUGAUAUAGUAUAAGUUAUUCUGUGGCAUUUACGUGCAUGAAUGGUUGAAAACCUGUUACAUUUGUCUGUCUAGAAUGCCCGGUGCGGUCUAAAAGUACUUCUGGACCUAACAACAAAAGCGCGGGGACUCACCGCCUUUAGGACGGAUAAUUUGACCCACUACUCGCCUGUCCAAGCCAAGGGGUUUGUACGUUUUUCAUAACAACACUUCCAACAUUGAGUUCCUCGAAAUAUCCUCAAUGUUCUAGGGGUCGUCAGUAGCCUCGUGCGAGAUGACUUGAAUGACACAACGUAUGCCUCAGAUGCGUUAAUUGGUGCAGGACGAAGGACAGUGCACGUCCGUCAGCAUGAAUGUAAAUACGUUAUACAAAGUUUGCAGAGACUUUUUUAUGACUCCAUGUGUAGGUGUAUGGUUAAAGAAACACGCAAAGUUUCUCGAAAAGUUCAGGGAUAUUCCAACAACAUGAGUCCAGUGGUAGGGGGCGCUCACCGAUCGUUCUUACGGAACUCACUCGUUCCAUUGUGCCUUACGGGCUCUCUCUCGAGCCCAACUAGCAGGCGCACAGCAGCGCAUGAUAUAGGCAGAAUGGUAUUACCGACAAAGACAAGGGAGACUGGAAUGGCCAUUUCUGGCUUAUUAGUCGUCGUCAGCCAGUCAUACUCAACCCCGAAGUGUGGGACACCUGGGGCUCGAACUCGCGACCUGUUCAUUAGAAGUCCACGCCUCUAACCACUGAGCCACGAGUCCUUUGCCUUGUCGGUUUCGAUCGGGAAUAUGCGGUGAGUCCCAAUACGCCUUGAAUACUCAUAGCAACUGUUUGGCUUAAACUUGUUUCCAUUAAUUUACAGCCAACGUAGAAGGAGUGGUAUUUAAACUUUCUUGUUGAUGAGGUGACCGAUUGUGCGUUAAUUACAGUAAAUCUUCUAGUCAAACUGAGUUCGAGUCUUUAAUAAUGUGAGCCGAAAUUGAAGGAGCAGACGUCAAAUUAAUAAUCUCAAAGUGAGCACGCCAUCUCUGCCGCUGUGGUUGAGUCCAUUAAGAUUGCUGCACCAAGGGGGUAUCCUGACAGUCACGGAAUCACGGGUAGUCCGACUUCCAAGCACGCGAACAAGCAUGACUCAUCACCUUUCGCUGGACAAAGGCAUUAUGUGUGGCAUCAACGCGCUACUAGCUUUCUUUUAGUAACAUUUAAUAUUUCCACACGUUGGAAAAAGUCAGUGGCAGUGCACUAAACUGCAAAUAGUCGUUUGUAACUCUAUGAAACUGCUGCAAACCCUUAAAGAGUUGGCAAGGACAACGGACUGUCACCCCCAAGCAUACUUCAUUUUACAAUGAUCGAACUUUUGAGUUAUCCCGUCAUUGAUACUGCAGAAGUCUUUCGUUCGAAGAAAGACGAAAAGCCUCGAUUAACAAGGGAGUAUUUGUUUUCCAAUUACAAAAAAUUUCUUCGAAACAAUGACAAUUUAUGCAAACUGGUUUGUCAGGUGACAGUCGUGACUCUCGUACUCAAGAUUUCAUUCCUCUUUAAUUAAACGAUCAACUUCAUUUAAAACUUGUGCUCCCGACACCAAAUUGACACCUUUUGACCUGAUUAACGUAAAAUUACCACAGGUUAAUCUUUCCAUUGCAUGCAACCGAUAUUUGGCUAGGCCUUGUUCUAGCAGCAUAAAAACAAUUGCUGAUCAAACAGUACGCUAUUUGCAACCGGUUUUCUUAGUUUGCAUCAAUUCAACCACAUCAACUAAAAGUGACCCAGAAAAAAUUAUUUUUAGGUCCACCUCAAGAGAAAUCCCGUCUGCCUUUGAAUUUUAUACUCACCGUUAAAUCCAAAAAGCGUUAGUGAUUGUGAGACUUAAAGAUGCUUGCGUGGUUGUUCGCGUGGUCGAAUACGCGCAGGAUUAUUACUGCUGCCUUUAUAGUGCACAAAGCGGUCUCUGUCCAGGCCAGUUUUUUAUGAGCGCUAGUAAGGGAAUAGUCCAUAGCGCGUAGUUUGGCUAUAUAAAAGUCCCAUGUGGGACCAAACUAUGCCAGCGAUGAUUUUGCUCGAAAGUCUGCAGUAAUAAGUGAACCUUCGAAAACCCAAGCCAACUUUCCCUGAAGUACAAAGUGUAGAGAAGAAUAACUACCUUGGAAAAGCAUAAAAAGAAGUGGCAUGUACAUUGCGUGACCGAUCUCGUAAAAUGUUAGCCGAAAUUCUGAAAUGAGUUUUCAACUUUGAAGAAUGAAAAGGGUGGCGUCGCAAUACUAGUUAUCUUGUAGCAUAAUCCUAUGAUAUUUCAGAUUCGCCAAGAUGCCAGCUUUUGAAUGCACUUCUUUCUGAUCUCCAACAGAAAUCGCACUUGGUACAAAAUGACGACUGAAGUAGCAUGCAUUUUUUACAUUGAUUUUCGAUUCCCUUAUAGAUUUUAAUAUUUUUUAUAGAAAACAUGCACAAAAUAUGCUUUCUUUCGCUUGGUUGUUAGAAAACCACAUUGUCUUUAUAUUUUAUACCCCAAGGGAGGUUAUCUUUUGAUUUUAAAAAGUCCCUUAUUACGAGGUUUUAAAGACCGUGCAAUGUCCACAUAUGCAGCACCGCACGUGUACGUUUACCAAUGCUCCUCGUGAAAUGUAAAGCAUAUCCCAUAUUCAUUGCAGAUUUUUACGAACUCUUUAUAGUAUCGUUUUAAAGACAUAGAGAAAUGUACGCAUGCAGCUUGUGGAAUGCAGUCGCUAAACGCUAAUGCAACGGCUGAUCGAAUUCAAAAUUAUUCGGGAAUGGGGAAACUUUUAAAAUCUAAAUAUAUUCUUUUUGCGGAUAUAACAUGUGAAGGCCGUGUAAUUUUCUAGCAAAUCAAGAAAUGCAUUCAAAAGCCGACAUCCUGGCGAGUCUGAAAUACCAUAGGAUUAUGCUACAUGAUAAUUAAUAUUACAACGCAACCUUUUUAACCCUUCCUAGUUGAAAACGCAUUUCAGACGUUUGGCUAACAUUUCUUGAGAUCGGUCACGCAUUGUGCGUUCAGCGUAUUUAUGCGAUGUGUCUAGAAUACCAAAACCUCAAAACAGAUGGAUGAAAGGGCAUCCAAUGCGCAUGUAGUUAAUUUUUUAUCGGAAAUUGACUUACACGGGUGAGUAGAAGUGUGCUGAUCAACCAAGAGCCAGCAGGCUUUUGUGUAAGUGUUACCCUACGCUUAGGUACCACGUCGUUAAACACUGAAAGUUCACUUAGGUAAAGGCAUGUUCAUAAAUGCUUUUUAAAUUUCGACGCAAACUGUGCAUCAGAUUUGUCCCUAGUGUUUCUGUCUCAGAUUCGCACAUCUACGAAUGUCAUUGAAAAAGAAAUAUCCCACUAAGGUCCGUACUUGAAUCACUGUCUCUGUACAAACUGUGUGUACAACAUGAAGUAACUAACGACAGCUGAAAUAUUUUUUGUAAAAUUUUAACUUCGCCUUUUAGAAUACAGACCCCAGCAAAGACGCCCAUGCUUCUCAAUUUCAGAGUGAGCGAAGCAUUCGGCCAGACUCCAAGUUACAGGUUUUUUUCCCUGCCAUGGGCAACAAAGAACCACGCCAUUCCAUUCAAAAUCCUACUUCCAGGACCCUGAAUUCAGCCGACUCUGGUUACAAACGUUUUAGUCCCUUACCAUCAGAUUCACUCAGCCAAACUCCUGUCCUCCUCAAUGAUAUCCAUAGCGGAAACCAUUCAAGAGACUCCAGAUGGCCCCAUCAUGUAGAUAUCACUUCCUUUCAACUACCUCCUCCUCGCCAGAUUCGCAUGUUUAUCGACUACGUGCGGCCAAUCUUAAGGAGGGACAUUUCAAACAUUGAGGUUCGUCAUGUCUUGUUUUUCCCCUUAUUGAAUACCAAGUGAUUUUCCUUUGCAUGAUAACCUUAAUAGUGACCACCUAACUGAGCCUGUGGUACUUCUUCACCAAACGUAAAUCUGGUUCUGCUUUGCCUCUAAGAUGUAAUCAAGAUUCCUCGUAGGUAUUCGCACAACGACACGCGAGCAAUGGCAGAGAAGGAAUAGUAGGGCUAAACUGACAGACAGUCCGGCUAGACGCAACGACAGCCCAAUUAUCGCGAACGGUGAUGUCCACGGUAGGCCUCGCAGCAUGCUGGGAUUGGGGACGGUGAGUUGGGCAUGAAUUAGUGCAUAGUGAUAUUCAACUUUCACAGCAUAUACCACACCCUCCCCUCUCUCGCCCACAUGGUUCCAGUGGCAAGACACAGUCAAGAGAACCGGAGGCAGGAUCGGGCGUGGUGACUGAAAAAGUUGGAUGGCCCGGCUACGCGUGCCACACACGGGCUUGCCCUCGCAAAUUGUGCAGCGUUUUUAACAGAAACAAGGGUCGGUCAGGAUCCCAACUGGUGAGAAUGUCAUAGAUGCCCCAUUACGCAGGAACCAUUGCAUCUAGAAUCUCCAUCCUGCGAGGACUAAUUUCGCGUAGUGAUAUACGUAAAUACUGCGUGACUGGUUACAUCGGUUUCAUAGAGGGCAACAUUGAUCAUCAUUUAAAAGGUCACUUCUUUCACGAAGUUAUUUAGUUUCCUCUUAUUAUGUAAAUGCCUUUGGGGAGUUAUGGCGAACGACCAGAUAUGUAAGCCCAUGUUUUUACUGCGAUAACAUGUCCCUUAUUUGAUCAUAAUAGACGCGUUAUAUUAGGGUUCCGUUUCUAGUUAGGCACAAGAAAGUGAUCAAAUUGAAGGUUGAAAUUGGGGUAGGAAAAAGAGUAUGGGUCAAGACUGGGGUUAGAGUUAAGCUUAUCUAUCGCAGACUCUUACCCAAUUCGACUUUAUUUAAUCAAUAACCUCGGUACGCCUGUUUUUCCCCGUUUACGUACUCUUAUUCCCACCUUUCGAAUUACACUGUCCGUUCCGUCACCUCCCUAUGGAACGCGAGUUUCCUUCAUGCUUUCCGCAGGUUUUACUGAUUGUCACGUCCAUCGGCCUUACUGAUAAAAUUAUUAUUAACAUCCUUCCCGUAUUACGAGUGACCCUAUAUUCUAUUUCCUCAGUGGGUUUAUAUAUAAUGCUCGCCUAGUUAAGGUUUAAGUUGCAUGGCCAAAGACCAGGAGCAAGCACUGGGUGAAGAAUUGCUUCAUCAAAGUGCUCGGGUUACUGCCCUGUGGGCACAAAAUCCAGCGAGUAAAGAACAGUCGAGUCUCUGCUCCAAUUAAAAAAAUAGAUUAAGGAAUUCAUUGUCGCGGUUCGUUCAAAGGCUCUUUUCUAAAAUUUUGCUGUCUAUAAGUAGAGACACGAUUAAACACUAGAGUCAACUGUGUGUGUUGAAUUAAUCUGAGUCGAUGUCAGUUUCUAUCCCCUAUAAAAGCAAACCUGGUCCAAAAUACACUGGGGAAUCAGAACAAAUUUCGGACUUCGCAAAAGGAGAAUAGAUUAAUAUUAGUAUGUGACUCCCAAUGCUUGGUGAAAAAUGUUGCCCUCACUCAGCGUGCAGGCGCGAAUACCUUUUUUCUCUUUGAGACCUUGACACCCGGUUGGCUAGCCCGUAUUGUUCAUAAGCUGUGCAUGCUUCCUUCGAAAACGGAUAGCCUAAUUAAUGCAAAUUUAGAGAAAGCGAGACCAGACUGUUGCCUAAGGCGAAGCUUCGUCUUUCGCAGAUCUACCUUAUUCAGAGAUCUACAUUACACUGCUACGUAGAAUUGAAUAAAAUCUUGAAGCGGGACCAAAAGUCACCGACCGAUUAGUAGUAGGGUUAAUUCGACUGUAUUUUUCAUCUGGAAUUGUCUUGCAGUAGGCAAAUAGAACGUCGCUGUGUAAUCAGAAUUUUUUCGCGAAUACAAGAUAUAGCGGAAACUAGAAAAGUACAUUAGAAUCGCGAGCUGGUGGGCUUCCUAAUAAAAACAAACAGCAGGAAACAUGUUGUAAUGCGAUUGGUAGAAAAAGUCGGGCAAACAAACAACAGGCCCCAGGAAUCGCCUUCCCAUCAUCUUCUGUUUUCUAUGGUCUCUAAGCAAUCUCCGAACUCGAGAAAAUAUUCCAGCAGCUCCGUUUUAUCUGAGUCAGACACGGCGUGCAGUGGCCGAAAAAAUGUUAUGUCUUGUCCUUUUCCAUUCAGAAAUGUGUUAAACAUUAAUUUAAAACCACAUAUUUGUCCGACUUGAUAGGCAUCAUGACUUAAAAAUAAUAAGGGAGGUAUAAAAUGAUUUUUGUAGUCUCAAGUAAGGUAUCGCAUUUUGCAGAGUUUUGGGUUAAUUAAAGUAACGCGCAAACAUCCAGACUUCAGUACCUUAUUCACGUAACGAGGCUUAAUGGCAAAACUUCAAAAAAGAAAAAAAUGUUUUGAUCCGUAUAUCGUUGGGGCUUUUGAGCUCCGGCAAGGCAUUUUGCGAACUUCACUAUUGUAUUUAUUGAACUUGAGCAGUAAGUGAACAAAUCGUGCAAGAUGCGAACGAGAAGAAGACUGCUGUUACAGCUCAGAGCGGGCACAUCCAAUGGCUUACUAAAGUUGGCCAGCAGGGCCUCAGGCUAACUGAAUAGAGCGAAGGAAAUUAAAGCGAAGUAAGUCAGACACAGAGCAUAUGAUAGGGCACAGUGUUCCAACUAUGGAAGAUGGACGCCUACCGACCGUUUGUACAGAUAUCACUCGUCCCGUUGUGCCUUGCGGACUCUCUUGUCCAACCAGCAGGCGCACAGCGCUGCAUGAUAGAUGCAGAAUGGUAUUACCGACAAAGACAAGGGAGACUGGAAUGGUCAUCUCUGACUUAUUAGUCGUCGUCAGCCAGUCAUACCCAACUACGAAGUGUAGAACACCUGGGGCUUCAUACCAUAACAUGCUAGUUAGACGGCCAACGCCUCUAACCACUGAGCCACGGACUCGCUGUCCUGUCGGCAUCGAUCGGGAAUGUACAAUGGCAUAGGGGUGCUCACCGACAGUUUCUACAGAAAUCACUCGUCCCGUUGUGUUUUACGGACUCUCUCUCUCUCUCUCGGUAAUUGCAUUCUGCCUACAUUAUGCGCAAGUGUGCAGCUGCUGGUUGGGCAUGAGAGAGAGUCCACAAGGCGCAACGGAACGAGUGAGUUUCGUAGAAACCGCCGUUAAGCACCCUCUACCAUGGUAUGUUCCCGAGCGCAACCGACAAGACAACGCGCCCGUGGCUCAGUGGUUGGAGGCUUUGGACGUCUACCUAACAGGUCGCGAAAUCGAGCCCCAGAUGUUCCGCAAUUCGCAGUUGGGUAUGACUGACUGACGACGGCUAAUAAGCCAGAAAUGGCCAUUCCAGUCUCCCUUAUCUUUUUCGGUACUAUCACUCCAUCGGUUCUAACUAUGUUUUCUACUCGAGCUUUCACCAUGCUUCGGAAUGUGACUCUUAAAAACUUUGGCUCCCUUUAUGUACAAACAUCUAUGCAUUCAACCACACUUCCAACAAGUCAAGCGAGAUGGGAAUUGCGUCCUUUCGUUUGACGAUUAUACUGCCUGUGUAUGCAGUGAGAAUACUCUUUAGCAGCUUGGAAAUGAUCUGUUAUGAUACUGGUUUUACUGUUUGCUUCCUGGCAGUCAAUACAACCAUGUUCGCCGUUCCUCUGAGGGGGUUACAACAAGCCAAUGACAACUGGAUAAGUAUAUUUUUAGGUACCAACACCAUAGCAUCACUCGUUGUAAAUUAUCAUCACGAGUUACUUGCAAACAACUAUGCGUCCAUGCUUAACCCUCGAGACCCGUCCGCAGUAAUUCAAAAGAGUCUUGGUUUCCCUCUCGCCUUUGACAUAGUCAUUUCUCUCUGCCUUACUCACGAAUCAACUCGACUUUAUUCACUACUACCCCUAAUAUCAUCGAUGGCGUAAGUUAACCCAAAGCGCCUAAUUAUACCUUAUAAUACUAUUCGUUUGUUCUUUCCAAAAAAUAGAUACAAUUUAUCGUCAACCAAUGGCAUCUCUUUCGUCAGAGCCUGAGACACAGCCGACGCAUGGAACGGCUCAGACAGACCAGACUGGCCCAAGACAGGCGCCUCCAGCCAGCAGAAGGCGGUGCUGGGAGCGGAGCCGACCCACAGGAUAUCUUAAAUAAAGUGCUGCUCAAGAGCGAGGCCAUUGCCGUGCAGAGGGUGACAAGCUUUGAGGAGUUCAAACAGCGCCUUCUGGGUGGCCCGCGACCCCCACAGGAAGGGAGCACCGACCCAGCGACUAGGGUUGACAAGGAUGGCUUAGACAACUCAAAAAACCGCAGUCAGAGCCGGGGACACAUACGAGAGGGUCUGCCUAGGCGCCCUAUCAUUCAUCUGCCUCAGGGUGGCGCUGUGCUGAAAACCAGACUGGUCAAUGCUCAUUCGCCGCUUGUGGCUACUAGUAGCAGUAGUACACGGUCGAGAGCGGUUUUAAGUAUGACCGGCCGAAAACGCAGACGGAGUGCCGAACUUACGGACCAGACGGCGCCAGGAAGUACCGAUGAAGAGGGUGUGUUGGCUGUGGGGGCUGAGGAGAACUGGCAGGAAUUGUCGCCAGAUGACGAUCCAGAUCAGAUCGAGGACUAUAAAAACUAUGAGGAGGUGCAGACGACGGAAACACAAUCUCGUAAGUUUCAUUUGGAUUGCAAGUGAGCAGAUUGCAUAUUCCAAGUAAUAGUGGAGUAAUUAUUUUCUAUACCUCCACAAAGAAGAUACUGACGCUCCGAAAACUAGCCCGUUAGAAAACUAACAUUAACUAUUAUAAUUUCAGUGUUGUUCUUGAUCCGGAAUUUGAUUCAAAUUCCUUAAUGACUCUCUCUCGGAUUUAUUUAUAAGUGGUUUGAAAUGCAGUCUACAUUAAGCACAAUUAGUCGCCUUAAAAAUUAUCAUUCCUAGUGAAGCAAACCUUCUGCUUAUAAAAGUUGUUUAGGAUACUACUUUCAGGUGAAGGAGUAGAGUUGACCAGUUCCGGUUAUUAGGCUAGUGGAAACGAGAAAAAGAUUGAUGAUUAUGAUGAUGAUGAUGACGAUGAUGAUGAUGAUGACGAUGAUGAUGAUGAUGAUGAUGAUGAUGAUGAUGAUGAUGAUGAUGAUGAUGAUGAUGAUGAUGAUGAUGAUGAUGAUGAUGAUGAUGAUGAUGAUGAUGAUGAUGAUGAUGAUGAUGAUGAUGAUGAUGAUGAUGAUGAUGAUGAUGAUGAUGAUGAUGGGACAUUAAGUAGGCGAAGUUAGUCUGUUGUUCACAACAGUUCAUUUUGCUGUUCGUCAUCCGAUGUUGUUUACCGACGCACAAUACCCACUCUCUUAAACUCAUAGGCUUAUCUGCGUAAGUUUAUGGCUGAACAAAGCCAUGAAUAUUACGCGGUUAUAUCACUAAUGAUGAUGUAUGUCGGCCCAAGUAUUUAUAUAAACUUUCAGACUGAGCCCGUAAAGCUUGAUCGCGAAGGAUUUGUUCCAUUUUAGCGCAGUAACCUCCGAGAAAGUUUAAAACUGAGACUGACAAGUGUUAGAAAGUUUAUUCUGCAAAAUUGGCCUUUUCAAAUCUCGUGUCCUAUGAAAGAUGACUCUUUAUUUAGCAUUAACUUAAUGAAAAAUGCCCAUAUUUGUCCUAGUUAGUUUGCCUUAAAUACAUGCCACCACAUAGUGUUCCCUGAAUUAUGAGUGAGGUCGAGGUUUUACUGGUCACCACUUCUGAAUGAUGCUACAGGAUUAAAGCUUAAAUUCUCGAGAGAAAAAUUGUUCCCAUGUGUUGAAAUUGCUUUAUUAACAGCCCAAAAUUAAUUCUACUUUGCGCUGUCUACACUGCCACCUACAUCUGGCAACUGUUCAUUUUCCGUUUAAAUUUUUCUGCUUUCUGUAGACAUGAUUCUUAAAUUCGGACCAAAGGUAUUUCUCCCACCAUCUUUAAUUUCAUAGCCUUGCAAAAUUAAAAAGCUCUUGCAAUAUGUACUGGCGUUUAGUCGCGGAUGAUUCAGUUAACGUGUCGCGAGGCGGGAGAGGUUCGAUAUUAUAACAGACGUUUAAAUAUAUCCGUCAUUAUCUUAUUAUCAAUUUUUUGGAGUAGCACGAGAUGUACGCUUUGAAACUCCUAUGGAAUGUCAGUCUUCUGGAUGUGGUCAGCUCUGUCGCUGAACUGGGUGUGCAAACGCCUACAAAAAUAUUUUCAUGCCUUUUUUGCUGAAUUGCCCGGACUACAGUAUCUACCACAAAUGGACGUUAAACACAUUGUCAUCGCCACAGUAUUCGUUUACUGUUGUAUUCAAGUGUGCACGCGAUUGUGCCUCAAUCGAUAGGCUCUUUAUCUGCGCUAGACGAAUGAGGUAUUCGGUUAAAUAAUAAGGUAGCUAACUACAUAUUCGUCUAGAUGGAUAAUUGAAUGAGAUAGCGACGUCAAUCAGGCUCCUGAGAUUCAUGUAAAAUAAAGCCACGCUAUCUGGCUCCUGAACUUUGCUAGAAAGAAAAGAGAAGGCAUGACGCUUCUGGAUCGACUUUUAGCACCUAAUCCCCAUUAUCUACGUGUUAACGUCCAUUUAGUUGGCGCUAGUUCGGGGUUCCCAUAGAACCUGGAAGAAAGUCUUUUAUACACACAAGACCGGCUUCGACGACCUAAUCGCUCCCUUUCCGUCAUUGCCAGGUGGCAACGCCUUAGUGAUUACCAAUAGCUCCCUGGAACGGUUCUUCAACGUUUCCAGUAGCUGCAAGAUUCGCAGAGAUAGAGUUGCUUGUCACUGUUGGUUUACCCUGCCCUAAUUGUGCCACCAAAUGUUCUUUCACCCCUUCGUAUGAGCGCCCACCCUCUCGACCAAUACGGUUUACUCACAGGAGGACGUUCAAAAAUAAACUGCACUUGAAAAUGGCCUGCGGCGUACUUGGCUCUGCCUCGAGGUCUUACAAGGUGAAGAGCAAGAUGGGUGCUUUAGCGGUUCAUUGACUUUCCUUUUGCCAAAGAUGAUAUAAGUCAUAUUAGUAAACAAAGCAUUUUACAAGGCCACUUUGUGUUGAAUACAUUGAAUUUUCGAAGUUGAUGGAUGCUUGUCUAUAGACGACAGAACGGGCUUAAGUCACUAAUUGAGCACGCCCGAGCGACUACAUUUUCUUCGACCCCCAGGUCCUCACAGCUUGAGAUUAGGAUAUGCCUGCCUCGUUACAGUUGACAGUCGAUGAACUCCUAUUGUAACAUCCCUGUUCUACUCAAUACACUAUUUUUAAAAAGCAAACACUCAUAAGAUAUUGGUCAUAAAAGAUACACGGCGGAUUUUCAGGCCUAUUUGUGCCUUCUUCCGUGUGCUAAGCUUACGGAAAUAACGACAACUGUGUCUCGUUAUAAUUGUAAUGCUGACCUCACUUGUGGACGACGUACAAGGUGGGCUAACUCAUAAAAUGUCAAGCAAAAUUCCGAAAUCCGUUUUCGUUUCGAAAAGAUUAAUUAAGUAGGGUUGUAAAACUAAUCAUCUUGCAGCAUAAUUCUAUAAUACGUCAGUUAUCUCAGGAUGCCGACUUUCAAAAAACUUCUUUCCGGCUGCAUGCAAAAACUGUAUUCUGUAUAAAACGACUGCUAAAUUAACAUGCUUGUUUCUCAUUGAUUUUUGAUGCCCUUAAAAAUUCUAUUAUAUUUCAUAAAAACAUGCAUAAGAGUAUUCAGUCUUUUGCUCAUUUGAUGGAAGAUUACGUCUUCUUCCAGUUUUGUACUCGAGGGAAUGGUAUAAUUAAGUUUUCAAAAACCUUCCCAAUUCCCGAAUAAUUUAACCCGUCCUGCCGUUACACUUGCACUCAAGGUUUCCAAACUACAAGCCGUAUAUUUUAUGCGUCGGAAGACCAUACAUUUGUCUACGGUAUUAAGAAAAUAAUAUCUGGCAUUCAUGGAAUCCAGCAGUGGAUUUGAGCCAUAUUGUUUACUUUACAAGCCACAUUGGUAAAUUCAGAGACAUGACGUUUCAUGAAAGACUAUUUCACGGCAUUAAAAAUCUCACAAUGAAAAACUCUUUUAAAACCGAAUUAUUCCCUUGACUUGAGUAUGAAACUAGAGGAGGACGUCAUUUUCUACCGAAUGAGCAAGAUGACGAAUAUUUUUAUGCACGUUUUCAAUGAAAUAUAAUCGAAUUUUUAAGGGCAUCGAAAAUCAAUCAUGCAUGUUAAUUUAGUAGUCGUUUUAUACAGAAUACUGUUUUUGUAUGCAGCCGGAAAGAAGUUUGUUUGAAAGCCGGCCUCCUGAAGUAACUGACGUAUUAUAGAACUAUGCUGCAAGAUGAUAAGUUUGACAACUCUUCUUAAUUAAUCUUUUCGAAACGAAAAUGCAUUUCGGAAUUUUGGUUGACAUUCCGUGAGUUAGCCCACCUAUUGUAUAUACAUUUUCCAGUGUCUGGUCUGGUGGUUUCUGUUGCUAGGGCAUAUUACUGGGCGAAAGGGAACUGAGUCAAUCUUAAUAGAUUACUUUUUCAGUCCUGCCUCUCUUCAUUGAUGCUCCGUUGAUGCCUAGUUAUGCUUCAAAUGCCUAGUUUAGUCCGCAUUUUCGGACAAACGGACAAACAGGCCACAAUUGGACACGAGAAUAUGGAUUCCUCGUGCCACUGGUGAUCGUGAGUUCAAUUUCAGGGACACCUAUUCCGGCGUCCCAGCUCUAUCCCUAACCCUCAUUACCCAAAUCUUCCCUGGAAUUUGGCGCAAGCUCAUUUGUAAAACGAGGAGUUCAUAUUCUCGUGCCCCUUGCUCAGGCCUGUUUUAUCAGGGCAGAUUGCAAAGCAUUUGCCCGUCUCACUGUUACGCUCAGUCUCGAUGCACGCACAGCGAACUUUCGAAUUUUAGUGGAUAAUGGAUAAAAUUCCUCAACCGGCGACAGAAAUCUGAAUUAAGCUUUCCGCUUUUACCUCACUGAUACCAGCGUCUUCUUCUUUAUGAUACUGAAGAGUAAAAAAACGAAAGGGACGCAUGUGAGCUUGGCACACAUAGGAGUUAGAAUUAUUGCUUAUUCUCUGUUGAUACAGAUUCCGAUUCUGAACUGCGAAAUGCCUACUUUGAGUACCGGGAAUUUGUGAAACAUGCUUGCUCGCCGCAGAACCGAACCCUCUGUACGCAAUCUCUCCUGGGCAUGGAAAGGGAAAAGGCCACACUCUUUCUGCCUCCGGGAGUUUACGUAAAACGCUGCAAUAAUCCUACCCAUUCCGCGCGCUUGUCCUACACGCAGCGGGUCCUCUACUAUCCCAGCGUCAACGCCUAUUCAUUCUCGACCGAACAAAAUCGGCGGCCCUCGCCAUCCUGCCCCUCCUGCAUAACACCAGAGAGUGGUUAUGCGGAAACGGAAGCAUACGGCUACGAGAACGUCGGUUCCUGCAGUUGCCCUACCCCGGGCGAGGAGUGUUUACCCACGAAGGUCGCCCUCAAAAUGCAUUCAGUAGCUCUCGUCGUAAGUGCAUUUACCCUGUUUCACCUGUCCAGCAACAGGUUCCGCAGUUAUAGCAUUAAAAAAUUGUAUGUGAAUUUCAAUUGGUUUGGGCGAAAAAACUCACAGCCGGCAAAGUCCUAAGGGCUUAACCUGGAAUUUACACAUUUUAAGCAGUCACUUUGGCUCCAGUAAUGAUUCACUUUCUCCCUGUUCUCGAGGGCAGAUCAGUUAUGACAUUGUUUUGGGAAUAUCGUGGUGCUUGACCUAUAUUUGCGCGACCGCCAUAACGGCCAUGGGAAAGAGCAUCAAAGAAGGACGGCUUUCCGAGCAGGGGAAUGAGAGCUAUACCGCUCAACCGUCUACCCUAAGUCCCAUUUUGUGACAUGGUUUUCAAUCAAAAUAUUGAACAUACUUUAGGCAAUAAUGGUGGUAUUCGUCCGUAUUUAACUGACCAAGUGGUCCAAAGACUUUUAAGAAACAUGUGAAACCAGCUGUUACCAUUAAGGUUCUCAUUGCCAAAUAAAAGGUCACAGCAGCAGAACGUGAAGGGCCGAAGUACCGAUGUUGCCUAAGGCAACGCAUGGCUGUAGAAUAGGAUAGAUUUAUCGACUACGCAUACACAUAGUGCGUGCUUUGUAGUCAGAGUCAUCGUGAUAACACAUUAGAGCCCAUAUUCUUCCGAAAAUAAUCUUUUAUCGCGUCUCAUGCUCUCUACCAUUGGACUUCCCGCCCCCUCUCAGAAUAGACCACGCGGUAGACGUGUUGGACGUGUUCUCGAGAAUGCACACCCAAAACAGAUGCCAACACUUGGGAUAUGGUGUCAGGCCCAUUUGCAGUCUCACGUCGUGCCAAUUUGGAUUCCCGCCGCUCCCCUAUAUAUUUAUUAUUGUUGUUGAAAAUCCUGGUCACGUGCAUGUUUUUGAACAGGGGGCGUGGUGGUACGCCUAGAUGCGGGGUUCGCCGUGCCAGGCAGCUGCUCCUCUCACAUCUCCCGUCUUCUAGACUCUGGCAUAACACAGGGCCCAGGUGGGGAAGGAGUAGAGAGUGUGGUAGAUACCGCGCAAGUCACCGUCCCUGAUCUCACCCUGUUGUAGAGCAAACGGUGGGCAUCAUUGAAACCGACGGUCGAACUGUCAUCAUUAGACUUAACGCCUACUGGCCAAGGAAUUCGGGUUUGACUUCCAGACUCAUCCAAACCUGGAGUUGGCCAAAGCUGGCUGACUGCGGUUGAUAGAACCAAAAAUGACCAUUUCAGUCUCACAUAUAUCUGUCGGCACUCCUUCAUGCACAAAUAGCGAUGAAGCUUCUAAUUUAGAUCUUGCUGCUGCGAAAUGUUUCUCAGUCAAAAACCCGGACUGGUGCCUACUAAACUGAGGGUUUACGACAGAUUAUUUUUUGUUUAGUCACAUUUUUGAAUAUAUUUGUUGUCCUGCUGGUAAAAUACUAAUUUCUCCCCAGGAAGACAGCGAAUGCCUGCUCAGGAAACCAGUUCCUAGCAAAGAAUCUGCCGUUACUCAAAAUGACACGCUGCCUAAGGUAAAAAGUGCCGUAGGUGUAGCUCUGGCGAAGUUCAAGCUAAUGCGUUUUCCAAGGAGUCCUUCGAAAGUAUUUUUCAAGAUGUUAUUGACCAGAUAAAAGACCCCUCCGUACGACUGCCAAAUUAAACCGAAAGUCUCUCCACCUUUUCGAGGGAAAAAUACGAACAAUGACGUCACCUUUUGCGCGCAUGCCCUUUUUGCUGAUUUAAUUGUAUACUACUAUCAUUUGUCGAUAUUGGUUUUCUUCACCGUCCUGUAGUUAUUCAUCUCGGGCUCUUUUUCUUCUUUUAAGAAUACAACAACGGGUAAAGUUUCGACAGAACUGGUGGCACUUACGGAACACCUAGAAUGUGGAUGUCGUUCCAGGUGCGUCUGGGCAAUUAGUGUAUAUGUUGAUUCUAACAAAUCCCUUGAUUGGCAUACUAAAUAUCUGAACAGUCAACCGACUUUUUGCGUAUGACAUUGACCAAAUGAGUUCCCUCUGUUGCCUUGCAGGCAGAAAGCGUGAUCCCCUUUAAUUUAUGUACGGUGAAAUGCUGUCUGUUGUCGAAUAAUUUCUGCAUAAGUCUAUUCGAAAUGAAGUGGAGUAAAAUCACCGUUUAGUUAGUAUAGAUUUUCCACGAAAAUUCAGUGUCUUUGUAACUUCACGCACAUCUUUAGAAGAGUUUUAAAAUCUUCUUUUCUUACAUAAAAUAAGCUGAAUUAUGCUUUGAAAUGUUUUCAAUCAUAAGAAAUUAACUUAUUCGCAACUUGAAGUCCAUUUGAGCUGUUUAUGCAAUGCACAGUAUGAUGCAGUCUGCAUAUAUUUUCGGGCACUCCUGACUCGACUUACAAACUCGAAAAUAUAUGUGAAUCUGUCUUUGAGAAAUGUGUACUAUACGUGCUUUGUAGGCUUCAUGUACAAGUGAAAACGCAGGUUGUCCUACAAAAUAAAGUCUAUUACUUAGACGCUUUGGAGGUAACACAUUCUCUUUUUUCAAUUAUGAAAUCUGAAAGCUAGAGUCCCACCAGACAAAUCUGAAAAAUGGAAAAUUUUUACACACUUCGAAACAUCAGUAAAGAGGGCGUACACCUCUUGGCCAGCAUCUCAUUCCCGAGCGUGACGCGCAUUUCCGACCUGAACGAUUCUUACCCAAAAGCCCAAAUGUCCCGUGCAUGUAUUAAGCAGUGGUUAUGUUCAUAGCCCCGAAUAUUGAACUUGACCCGGAUGUUCCGAAAAUUCUAUCAGCCCUUCACGAUUUUCGACCUCAAUUAUGAUAAACGUUUUAAAAGCAAAGCUUUUUAUGGGUCGGUGAGUGGUUUUUAUUAUCUCGUUCCAUUGUUUAAAGAGAUUUAUGCCAUAUGCACGCCAGCUCGGAAAGUAAAUUAAAUCUUCCCAGCGAACUUGACCACCCGGUUGCAACCACAUGAUAAAGAUGGGGUAAGGGCAGCAGAAUAACUGACGGACAGAGCUGUCAGGCACCAGGGGAAGCGAUUAAUACAAGACAUAUCGUGAAUGUAUGUACUUGGAACUUUCCUACUGCUCAGUUCUCAGGUCAAUGAGAUUCUUCUUUAAGCAAACGCAUGACCUUCAGCCAGUUUCGACAGAGCGCGUACAGCAUCUUAAGUCUACGUUAGUCAAUUGCUCUUAUCAAUACCUGAACAGUCGUCAGACAUAUCGGGACUUGCUGACGAAGUCACACAUUGAGAAGUUAAAGCAGCUCCGGCAGAACAAAGACGUUCUCAUACCUAGGCCAGAUAAGGAGACCGGCGUUGUUUUGAUGGACAGGGUAGACUAUAUUACGAAAAUACAGUCAAUUCUGUCGGAUCAGGAAAAGUUUCGAAAGACAAAGAAGGAGAAGGACCGUACAGAUGAGAUUGAAGCACAACUGACUGACGGCUUGAAAAGACUUCAGGCGGAUGGUUGCAUAAGUGAACACGACGUAGAGCCCCUCCGACCCGUCGGUACGCAUAUACCUCGAUUAUAUGGUUUGCCGAAGAUCCACAAAGAUGGCGUACCGGUUUGUCCAAUCCUCGAUAUGAGGAACUCGCCGUACCAUGCAAUAGCGAAAUGGCUGGCGGAGAAACUUAAGCCUCUGUAGUAUCAACUAACGCCACAUAGCUAUCGAGAUACUUUUGAAUUCAUUAACGGCAUGAAAGACUUCGAUCUGAACGAAAUGGUCAUGUUUUCGUUAGAUGUCUCGUCCCUUUUUACGAACGUACCGGUAACGGAAACGGUCAACUACCUUUGUGAUUUCAUUGCCGACUAUCAACAGAAUAUAGGAAUGCCAGUGAAUGCCCUCAAGGAAUUGUUAUUGAGGUGUACCUUGAACGUCCAGUUCCUAUUCGACAACAAUCUAUAUAGGCAGAUGGACGGCGUAGCAAUGGGCUCGCCCUUUGGCCCGCUUUUGGCGAAUAUAUUCAUGGGAAAGUUAAAAGCUUUCCAGCUACGUCACCAGAUGGACGGUUUAAGAUACUAUGGGCGGUAAGUGGAUGAUAUAUUCGUGAUUGCACCGAAACUAAGCGACAUCUCAAUUCUACUGGAUGACAUAAAUCAGGCGCACCCAUCAAUAAAAUUCACUCUGGAAGAAGAACAGUCCGGUUUACUUCCAUUUCUGGGUGCGCUUCUGAGUGGAAGACCUGACGGCAGCAUUCUACGUAGCGUCCAUCGUAAGAAAACGUGGCACGGACAGUACGCCUAUUUUGAGAGUUUCGAACCGCUAAACGUUAAACGUAAUUUAGUCCGCUGUUUGACAGAAAGAGUGAGAAGAAUCUGCUCAGCUGAUAGCGUUGAGAACGAACUUAAGAUCAUCGAAAGUCUAUUUCGCCAAAACGGGUAUCCUGAUCGAUUCUUUGCUAAGAACAUGGCCGAAAGAUCGCAAAAGCUCCCGAUACUGACGGCAGGAAAGAAAAGGCUCUUUAUCAGAGUCCCAUUUCAAGGGGAUGCACCAAGUUAACUUUUAAGAAGACGCCUAACCCAAGCUAUAUCACAGACCUUUCCAGCAGCUGACACCCGUGUACUGUUCACCACCAGUCCCAUCCUAUACGGAGAGGGCAAGGACAAACUAACAGUUCAGACCACCUCUAUGUGUAUUUACUCGUUCACCUGCUCCUGUGGGGCAGAAUAUAUUGGUCGCACGAGCCGGCGUUUAUUCAAAAGAAUGAAAGAACAUCACCCAGCGUGGUUACGAAAGGGACAAAUAAAGAACAUCAACAGCUCGAUCCUCGCGCACAUGGUAGACACAGACCACCGUGUAGACGCCAGGGAGGCCUUCAGAGUGAUCUACAAGGUCCCAUCAAACUAUCCAAAACUGCUUGGGCAGCGCUUGUUGGCUACGGCAGAGGCGGCUGCAAUCAGGCUACGCCGACCGGUCCCAUGCGCACAGAAGAACUUCAUACAGGUCCCACAGUUACCAUGGGCUAAAGCCGCCAAGCCAGCCACUCGUAUGUAAUUACCUUCGCCGGGACCCACCUUCUCCCUGCCGCUGACUGGAAUUGUGGUGUUUCACUCUCCCCUCCCCUUCCCUCUCCAAACCCUAGCUACAGCUUAAUUAUCUACUUGCCUGUAUCUUUUAAUUCAUUACUUCAAUAGCCAUAUAAAUGUACAGGCCUGAAGAGAAUUUAUCGAAAGCAGACGUAUGCUCGCCAAAUUGCCCUUUGAAUCUUCUUGAACUGCCUAAAAACGUCCUGUUAGAAAUAGCAGACAUCACAUAAAGCUAAACACUGAAUAAGACUUUUUCUUUUGGCUGAAAGUAAGUAGGUGGUUUUGGUUACCGCCUAAGCAAACAAAAAUGAAUAUCGAUAGGCCAUUUUGGCACACUUCAAUCAUUCAUCUAACCCAAAUGUAAUUAAACUCACGGCUCCCCGUGUGGCCUCAUAGCUUGAAUGAUUAGAGUGUUGGUUCUUCUGAAGGUUUGCCCCUACUGUUUGGUUUUGCCUACUGAUCUCGUUUACAUCGUAUUUUCGAUUCCAUACAUCACUUAUUUGCUACCCAUGAACAGUAUUUUUCAGGUACUCAAGUGCCUAAAAGUCGCAAAUUUUAUGAGUCAGAUAGUCGCCCAAAACAGUUUACGCCUGUCCUUUGCAUUAAGGAACGCUUCUUUUUUGAAUAAAAGGCCGAAUUGCGACAAUACGUGUAAAGGGAUUUGCCGAUAAAGACGAGCUCCUUCUGACUAAUGUGUCAUCUUCCGCUAGGGGUGCACCAAUCCGAGACACUGCCCCUGUGGGGUUUGCCCUGUCUGUAAACCUCUAAGCAAUGCUCGCUGGUUUCUUGAUUUGUGGCCGUCGAUGACUUCUUAGCUUAAAACUCUAAGCCGGGAUGGAAUUCAGUUCUGUCAUUCUGCAGCCAGGCCAAAAUGAAGAGCCCACUCUCACGUUAUAACAAGUAACCUACCUUAAUAUCGGUCGCGUAUUUACAGUCGAAAUCUACCUUAAAAAUAUUUCACGUUAAUCUACUCUACAAAUGCAUCUCAUCAUUGCAAAACAACCCAUUUAUUUUGAAAGAUUUUGCCUCGUAUUUUACUUUGGGGACCUUUUUGAUUUUGCUGGAAUUUCCAUUUAGAUAAUAAACAUGACGGGUACAUUAAAAUGUCAAUUGCAGCGUACUCGUUUUUGAAAAACGUUUACACGUCAGUUAUUGCAAUAGUCCAGGAGUUUAUUAAAAGCGCCUGGGUGAACUCUGCAAAGUUACAUUUCGUCAUUGAUUUCUAAUCGCUUCCUCUAACGUUUUGGUUGGAAUAAACUCAUAUGAAUAAAAUCAUGCAUUUAUAGCACGUGCAGUAGACGUAGCACCUCGUGAAAUGUUAACCGAUAUGUUGAACUGGGUUUUUAAUUUAAAAAGAUUGUUCAAGUUCAGCAUAAUUACAAGAUAUUUCGACCACGUCAGAGUGCUGGCUUUAGAACUAGCUUCUUCACAGUCGUCUGCGAAAACUCCACUCUCCAAAAUAACUACGCGGUUCGUAUAACUGUUCCCUAUUGGCUUUCGAUGCCCUAAUAAAUUCAAAUAUAUUUUAUAGAAGACAUGCGCAAACAUAUUCGUUUUACGUUCACUUAGUAGAAAAUAGCAUCCUCUUAAAAGGUUAUGCUUAAAAGGGGUAUUUUCGGUUUUAAAAUGACUCCUAAUUGUGCAAUUUUUUAUGACCGUGAAAUUUUCAUUCACAAAGCGUCAUAUCUGCGCAUUUAGUAACGCAGCUUAUAAGGUUUACAACGAGGUCAACGCUCAUUACGAAAUGUUAAACGCUGUCCAUGGCAUGUACGUUUGGUUUUCCUUACGCGGUGAAUAUACAGCUGGUAAUUGUAAAACCCUGAGUGCUGGUGUAACGGCAGAUCGGGUUCGAAAUUAUUCGGGAAAUGAAGAAGUUCUUCAAAAGUGGAGGAUACCCCUUCCUCAUACAUAAAAUACUAACAUGACUACGUUUCCUACUAAAUGAGUGAAAAAAGGAAUAUGUUUGCUCAUGUUUUUAUAAAAUAUAUUUAUAAGAGCAUCAAAAAUCAGUGGGGAACAUUUCUAUAAAUUCGGUCGUUACUUUGCAAGGUGGACAUUCGCAGACAGCCAUUAAGUAACUCGUUCAAAAGCUGACAUCCUGACGUGACUGAAAUAACUUGGGAUGAUACUGCACGAUAAUUAAUAUUACAACCCUACUUAACUAAGCCCUUUGAACCGAAAACACAUUUCAAAAUUUCAAUUAACAUUUGACGAGAUGGUAAAUCUAAUGUCAGUUCGUAGAAGGAAUUUCAUGCACUUUUAACGUGCUCUGUAUAGAACAAUGAUUUUGUUAUAAUUGCAUCUGGUGGGUAAACUGUACGUUUGCCGACAAACAAGGAUUGGCCACCAGAAUCUAGACUCCCCGUUUUAAAUUCUUGGUGGGUUAGAGUUAAUAUUAGGACUGGACUUGAAAUUAGGACACGAAAAUAGGAAUCCCCGAGAAUUUAGCCCGAUGCCAUCUGUAGCACGGGUGGAUACAUAUUUCCGUGUCGGACAAAGACAAGUUCCAGACAGGCACUGAAAACAGGUUAAAUGGUUGGUGAAAAACUGUUUUAUGCGUUCAAUGUAUCCGACCAGUACCCGAACUCAUUAUCCGAGCUCGAGGAAGGGAUUGACUAUGAACAUUAAUCAGCUGCAUAACAUGGCUCUGACUCUGGCGACUAAUUUUAGAUCUUAAUAUUCCUUUGAUUUUUACAUCCUAAGCACGUAUCAUGUUUCCUAAUAAUGCAUCUUAAGAGACACUUCGUUAAUCUACGAGAUGUGUCUAUCUGUUCUGACUGCAUUUCGUCUAUUGGCGGUUAUUAUUAGGCCGCGGCAUCAGUCUUAAAGGUUCAUUUCAAACUCUCUAAUAAAAUAUUCAUUAUGGAAGUCUUUAGGAUGAGGAACUAUUGUCCAGAGCAACAGAUACGCAAGUGAGGCGCCAACCGAGCUCUUUGAAACGUCAGCACCUAAAUAAACCUGCUCCGGUGAGCACAUGUUCUUCUUCAAGGGUUCUUAUCGUUAUUGCCCUUUUUCCAACUGAACAGAGGUAGACUAAUGAUGUCUUAUGCGCGUUCUGGUGAAAAAGCUCAGAAGAUCCGUAUUACAAAAAAUCAAACUAAACUUGCUUAAAAUUUGGCAAGGGAAUCAGAUUUGGCCAUUUUUACGGAUUUGUAAGCAGAAAUGCGGUUUCUACGCCUUUUUGUGGCUAUUUGCGUAAAUACCUUAAAGUACGUAGAAUUGAAGCCACGUUAUUUUCGGUCAUUUCCUAAGGACAAAGCUAUUGCUCCAUUGUCGUCCCUAAAGACAGGCAAACAGUUAAUCACUGGAAGUAACCUUUUAAAGCAGUGGAACCCAAUCUCUCCUUUUAAGAAUGGCUGGUAAGUGCGUUAGUAUGCAGUAACUUGAGGGCCAUGACACGUCAGGGUUUCAUGUUUAUAACUGGCUCGAUGCCGUUCCUCGGAUUUCAUCUGAGCUAAGGAGGAGCUCUCAAGUGGGUUACGCUAGCGGAAACUUAAAAGAAACAACAGCAGAGCUAGCUUCCACUCAAAAUUGUUUAAAAUAUUUUAUGUGGUUUCUUCUGGUGCAUAACUAACCACAUACGGAAUAUUCGCAGUCAAUUUCCCUCAUAACCGCGUUCCAGACUUUUUGCCCAUGGCAUGACUUAGUACUUUUCUCCAACGAUGCAUACAUCCAUUAGUUUCGAGCUACGUAAUAACGGCUUGAGGCUAAUGCACGUUCACCCCGUCUUGAGCCCAAGUACUAGAAAACAUAUCCCACUUUUAAGUCAGAAUUAGAUAUGGAGGUCGAAUGAUUGCCAUGUUAACAAACAUAGCAGCGGACUUUUUAGAGGAACAUUCCAAUCAUUGCUUUAGCAUGAGUAAACUUUGGACGGCAAGGAAUAACGGGAAAGUGUUCUUUGAUUGCCGUUUCCACGUAGGACACUAGUGACAUUCAAGUAUGGCAAACCAAACCAAACAGGUUUUAUCGAGGAAAGCCAAGGAGUUAGGGUACAGCUCAAGAUUUUGUUGUGAGCCGCCAUCAUUCAUUUACUCCGGACUUAAAGGCCUGUAAUUUAAACCGUGUCGAUUACAUCAGGGCGGAAUGCGCUAAAGAGGUUUAAUGGUUCUAUAAGAAAUCUAUUUCAUCACUCAAAGCCCGAAAUAUUUAGCUGCAUUUGACCCUAAAUAACUUAAUUGCAGGACUAGUACCUUACCUUUUGACAGAACAUUAUUACCCACAUAUGUCUGAAUGUUGGUGCUGGUGUUUUUUCAGACAACUGUGGUGUGCACUCGCCUAUUCGCACUCAUUUCUGCGCGCCACAGUUUUUUUCAUUUUUACUUCUCCCCUUCGUGCUGCCAACACUCUCCACACCCCCAAUGGGUCGUGAGCUUUGAACAACGUCCGGAUAUUUUCGCAAGGUGACCUGGUGGUUCACUUGACUGUUCUGCUUUCUCUCGUAGAUGCAGCUCCAGGCUGUGCGUACCGCCACUUCAGCUGGUAGAGUUCACUGCAGACGACUGCUCCUGUGCCUGUCCCGAGGGCGACGCACGUUGCGACGCCCUGCUCGAGGGCAAGAUUGCCUUCACGGAGGUUGAGUAAGUCCAGGCCUCUUUAUUUACCUGUCUGGCUUUUUAAACGGACUGGCCUGUUGAGUCCGACAGUAAAGCGCAUGUCACCCUUUGGACGGCGACUCUACGCCGCCCCAGUCACAGUAUUCCGUGGUGUAGUUCCGGCCGGGUUGACUCGGUCCUGCCUCUAGUAAGUGAUUGCAGAGGUAAGAAAGAAUAAACUCAGAUGGCACUUACUUUACUUAAUAUAUAAAUUCGAGAUGAGUCUUAACUAGCUAAAAGUCGUGGCACGAAAUGCCGCCAACUGACUGGCUAAGUCGGCCCUACUGAGCGCUAGUGAGUCAUGCUGCAGCAACUACCUAAUGCGAUCUUCACAUGGCCGUUUCUGAUGGGGGCUGCGAGAUCCCUAUAUCUGAUUUCUGUCUCGCAUGUGUAUAUGAGCUGGCAAGUGUGCAGCACGCGUAGAGGAAUAUUUAGCCUUGCACCCUCCUUCGAUCAUCUUGACCCUGUCUUGCCACUGGAGCAUGAGAGGCGGGGGGAAGAAUGACACGAGGUAGAUAUGCACGUCACGCGCAAGUCACGCCCUUGCCUGCGGGACAUUUGCUGUCUACGUGGUCCGCGACGGAUGAACUAUCAUGCCGCAAACGUCAGCCUCUUGCUCACAAUUCGGUAUUGCAUACGGUAUCUAGAGCGUCUGGUGCCGAUUACUGGCCCCAUAGUUAGCCACUGGUCGAUAAUCAGUGUGCGAUAUCUGCCAGCCAUGAGGUGUAGCACUUUCUGGAAAAAAAAUCUAGUCGGAUGUCGUCCUUGGUGAGGUAGUUGAUAGCUUUGCCACUUUUGUUGCAACGCUGCAGAAACUAGACCAAAAGGUGAAAUAAGGUAAUAUGAAAUCCAUGAUAAAUGGUUUUUGGUUGCCACUCUGCUGAAUUUCAAAGAGACUGCGUAAUUAACCCAGUCGGUUAAGCAUGCGACAAAGUCUAACUUUGGGUAUUUAGGGGUUAUGAAGCGUCAUUUAAAAGAAUGGACCUUAAUACAGGAGCUUGGUCGUUCUGGGGAAAACAGAUCUGUAAGUCUUAUCCGGUCAAAGCCCAGACUGAGAAAAUCUAAGGACUCUGUUCGAUCAGAUCAUUAUAAUGAUUGCCUUUCUGUUCAGAGGAUCUACAUUACGGUCGAUCAGAUUUUUGUAAAAUACAUUUAAAUGUGACCCACUCAAGUAGUAAAAAUCCCUUUUUCUCCAGUAGUCCAACGCCGUGAGGAUAGAUUGCCUGAGACCGUAAUUUCCGCCAAAGACUUCAACCUACUAUAACUUUCUGUAUGCUCGCUGACUGGGUAUUUUUCUAUCCCUGAUUCUUUCCACAACUAGGAUCCAAUUCUUAAUUCGAAAGGCAUACACUUCAAAAAAUAUUCUUUAUGGUAUUUUAAGAUCCAAAGGGGAAUUUUCCGAGAAAUAUCGUUCAUAUGCUUUGAUGUAUUCAAUUCUUAAUGGGAUUCCUCAUAGGAUUAUAAGUUGAUACAAAAGCAUUUCGCUAAGAGGUUCUCGUUGACGCGUAGAACGACCUAAUUCUUCUAAAAAAAUCAACUCCGUGCCCUAGAGGCCUGUCGUACCCAAAGUAAUACUGGCCAGUAAAAGCGCAUGCAGGCGUUUCAAUUAUGGCGGGCCCUGUAGGCCUACACCUCUUAUUCCAACCUCCCAGUGGACUGAAGCUUGCCCUUAGACUACCUUUUCAUGUCAUUUUUUUCUCGCCUAAUCUAGACUUCCGAUUCCACUCAACGGAUCUUUCAUCUUACCCCCCUGCCACCACGGUCCCAUGGAUGACAUCCAUCUUUACUAUCGGCGAUGUCCGGGACCGAUGAGGUAG